AAUGCAUUGAAUAUUUAUACACUGCAGCUGGAACGGGGUUUUGACGCAAAGGCACGUUAUCGCAUUCAAACAUGUAAGUAAAAUUAAUGAAAGAAUUAGUUCAUCAAUGUCGGUUACCUUGUUUAUUUUCUAGAAAAUUUCCCACUUCGUGUAUUUUGCUCGGUCAUUUUAUGCGACAAAAUCUCUCAGACGCGUGAUAAAUUGUUUAUAGCAGUGUUUAUAGACGCGUGUUUCUUACUGAUAGAACUAGUAGAAUGAUCCUUAAUAGCCUUACAAGCAUUUUUCAGAUCGUUGGUGAGCUUUAGCCCUUGCACACAGGUGGAAAAUGUUUGCGUCUUUCCUGCAGGUUUAUUCUUUUAAGUGCUUCUUUCCUGAUCAAUUUUUUUUAACAUGAACCUGAUUAAUGAACGGUAACUUAAAACCAACAACAAUCUUCUUGCCCGCUUUCAAAAUCCUAAGCCUGGAGAGAGCAUUCAAGUGUCUCGUGAUAACACUAAGCAUAAUUAUCUAACAAAAUUUCAUUUAGGCUAUAUGAAAACAGAUUUUGUAAGUUUGGAAUCGCACUUAUGCUUCAGUGCACCUGCGUUAACUGAGGGUUUUAAAAGCAACUAUCACAACGGCGACGAAAACUUUGCCUUGUUUCAAACGUCAUCCUUUUUCAAAUAUUAGCGAAUUUUUCUGUAGCUACAUCUGUAUCUAAGGUAAAGUUGAAGCGUCGAAUUUCACAUGUGGAAAAUUUAAUUCAAGAAUUAACUGCAUGUGAUAUGCGACGUCUGAAUCAAAUUCGACAGUGUCGAAUUAAAUAUUAAUGGUAAAAACCGGCGACAAAGAACCUGGUUUUUGAGAACCUGUUAGGCUAAAAUUUACGCAGUUAGGCCUCCUCUAUACAUGACCCUGUUAAGCCUAAAAUUUGAAACAGGUUCUUAUUUUGUAAACUCUACAAAAAAAUUCUGCACACUUGGGAAAAUAAGAUAAGUUAACAUUCAGGAUAGUCUUUGGAAAAAUAGGUGCCUUUUCUGCCCAACUGCAAUUUGUAUUGCUAUACAGGUUGUAGCUAAGAGAUGGGCCGAACACCACUAGAUACUCUUAGGUACAGUAUGUUGCCCAGUAUCCGGACGGUACCAGUAUCCGGACACUUAAAACAAAAACUCACUUUUUGAGGGAUGUUACUAAAACGGGGAACGGGGAGCGGGGAACGGGGAGCGGGGAACGGGGAACGGAAGUCUGGGAAUGAGUUGUCAGCGGAAACCUCCAUAAAAAUCCAAUAUGGCCGAUGAUCGAUGAUAGAGAACCGUCGAAACAAGGACAAACAAACUUAACCGAUAACGGCGUUAUUUUACUUGAACUAUAUACUCAUGAGGUGCUUGAAAUAAUACGGAGGUAAUAACUUCAUGAGGUUUUUCACCUUUUUGCGUUUUACUAAACGAUUAUCCGUAGGAAACAAAAUAUGCUCCAACAGCAGUUGAAAGAAGCCAAUCGGGACAAAAACUCUCAGAGCACAUGUACAGCCAUAUUUGGAACUCAAGCGAAUCUAUACUGAGUCUAGCCCACAAAGCAAUGAACUACUUUUCCAUGAUAGAUAACAUACAUCGAAGUAGUCAAGUAGCUUGUGUGCAGACUUCUUCUAUUUCCUUUGAUAGAGAUGACUGCUUUGAAAAAUGUUAUUGACCACGUCAUCACAUAAUUAGUAAGACUACUUUAACAAUCUGGUUCUGCUUUUAAUAUUAUUAGAUCUACUACACUGCAGGCAUUCACGAUAUUGAAGUGUUUCACUGAUCCAUGAAAAUAAAAUAAUAUCAUUUUAUUAUUUUGAGAAACAAUUUGUUUCAGGUCAGUUUGCCCAGUAUAGACCAGUAUAAUGACGCUAAUGGAACCUAAUUCACUCAUUUUUCGACAUUUUCCUCACCCUAAUAAGUAACUGCUUCAAAGUCGUACAGUGGCCAUUUGUCUUUCUGCGAAAUACCCCUGACGACCCUUUCCUAAAUCAAAACCAUUGGAUUGCAUUGAAUGCAACAUUCUUACUCACUGCAGACCCUCAAUUAACCCCCGGCCCCCCUAAGAAUGAGAUCCCAAACCCCUCCCUUUUGAAGAAAAAUGUCGUAAAAUAAUCAAAGUACCUCUUCAUGGGCACGAAACGUUUGGUGCAAUUCAUACCAUACAAUAUCGCUGUAUCAAGUACUAUUCUCGGUGCAGGAGGAGGGGGUACUAUAAUGGCCUAAACAGAGCCUGAAGCCUUUUUCAGGCUUCAGGUACAUGAAAGGGAAGGGGUUUUUAUAGUUGAAGUAUAUGAAAGGGACCAAAAUGAGAUCAGUCACAGAUGCAUUUUAUGGAUGUGAGAGACAAGAAAACCUGUUUUAGCUAUUUAUUCAUAUUGUAAAGAUGGUGUAUUUACAGCAGUUAAAAAGGGAUGCAGCGUUCAAAAUUAGGUAUGUGAAAGGGGUGCCAUUUGUCACUAGAGGGUAUACAAAAGGGGUACCUUUUCUGUCUAAAAUGGUACAUACAAAGGGUAAAGGGUUGGUCCCUGGGGCAGAGCCUCUUUGGUGAGUACCCCCCCCCCCUCUGGGUUACUGUUACUCUAGUCUGAUGCUUCUCUUUAAUUUCUUUGAUAUUGUGCUUCAUUAAAUGAAUUAAAAUUCAUUUAAAAGCUUCUUGCCCCUUUUUGAAAACCCCCCGAUAUGUUAAAAGAAAUGAUGUCCCCUGGAGGGGAAAUAAAAUCAGGGAAAAUGGGUAGCAAGAUCUAUUGUGUUAUUUUACAUGCAUUGAGUAAGCAUAAUGUGGCCACUAUACACAUACAGUUGCGCUGCGUGUUUACUGAAAAACAUAUCGGCACUCCAAUCUUUUGCCUCCCAUCACUUGUGUGAGACCUUAGACUCUUUAUUUCCAAAACUACAGACAGCUUGCUUGAAGGCUUAUCAACCACCUUCUAAUAAGCUGCCAACCUCUGCAACAUUGAUGAUGUGAUGCUUGAUGGUAGGUGCACUGGCUGCAAUAUUACUGAAUCAAGCUAAUAAAGCAGCUUGACAAUAUUAACUGGUUUAACUCACUGAUACAUUCAGUUUUAAACUGAGCUUGAAAUAUUUUUCUCCACAGUAAAAAUAAUGUUCAUUAAAGAGAAGCAGAGCUCCCCUCUGCAAAAACAUUAAAGGAGUCCCCCUAGGAAAAAAAAAGCAUCCAGAGGGCUAAACAGAGGAAGUAUACUUACCAUGCAUAUUUUAACAGCUAGCCUUUAGAAAGUACCUUCCAACCAAAGACUUUAAAGUACUUCCCCACGUAUACUUGCAACACUUAAUAUUGCAGCUCAGUUGUGGUUCACUUUUAUCCUAAGUUUGAAUUUUAUUCUCUUUGUUUUGAACUCAUGAUCAUAAAAUUCAUAUUACCAUACCCCAAACAAAGGGAAGCAAAAUUUAAACCUAGGUUAUAAUAAAAUAAAACCACAGCAUAGCCAUUUGCUUUGAAACAACUGACAUCUUUAAGACCAAGGUAUGAUUGAUGUUCAUGGCACAUUGCCCGUUAAUAUGUUUAAAGUUGCCUUUUAUUGAUGUAUUAAAUAACCUGAUCCAUCUUAUCUUUUCAAAUAAUACAAUUGCACUUACUUCUCAUCAUAGGUUUGUAAAUACAAUAUUAUUAGACUUACAGUUUUAUCUCAUCGCCAACAUGUUUUAAUUUGGGCUUGAAAAAAACGCUACAGCUAAGAAGGAGCUCCACUGCUACACUAUUACUGUCGAGGAAAUACACCUGGCUGCUUCGAUCUACGUUAUCUUUCAGCAUGUUUGUAUUUAAGCCAAAACCCUAGGAAAAGCGUCAAGCAAAAGUAGUUCAUUGCUUUUUGAGUUAGACCCAGUAUAGAUUCGCUUGAGUUCCAAAUAUGGCUGUGUUUUGAGAGUUUUUGUCCCGACUGUAGCUUCUUUCAACUGCUGUUGGAGCAUAUUUUGUAGUUUAGUAAAACGCAAAAAGGUGAAAAAUGUCAUGACAUUAUUACCUCCGUAUUAUUUCAAGCACCUCAUGAGAAUAUAGUUCAUUAGUAAAAUAGCGACCUUAAGUGUUGUUUCGACGCUUCUCUAUCAUCGAUCUUAAUACCGGGUUCUUGAUCCUUACCGGCCAUAUUGGAUUUUUAUGGAGGUUUCCGCUGACAACUCGUUCCCAGACUUCCGUUCCCCGUUCCCCGCUCCCCGCUCCCCGCUCCCCGCUCCCCGUUCCCCGUUUUAGUAACAUCCCUUUUUGAGGCGCCGUUUUCAGUUAUCGGUAAACAAAGUAUUUUGACUCCACUACACAACAUCAACAGACAAAACGUAAUGGCAAAUAAGUUUAUUUUGGGACGGCUUGGCGAGAACCAACCCUACAAAGUAUUUAUGUAAAUACAAUAAUAGGUGAAUACUGGUGAAUACCUAAUGUACAACACUUGUAAACUAGCUUUCACAAAAAGAUAAAACUCGUGCGACAAAUGGUCGCUCUUGACCUGAAUCUCCCAUUUAAGCAGGCAGGCUUAGUGCCAGGUAGGCUGCCAGUCAUUCUGGGGAAACUAAUUAAUAAAACUCAGACAACGCAUAACUGGCACACGGAACACGGUAGUAGCACAGAGGCUAAACAAAAAGAAAAAACUCCUCACAACUGGUCGAUCUCGACCUGAAUCCCCCAAAUAAGCACACAGGCUUAGUGCCAGUUAGGCUGCCAGUUAGGCUGGGGAAACUAAUUAAUAAAACUCAGACAACGCAUAACUGGCACGAGGAACACGGUAGGAGCACAGAGGCUAAGCAAAAAGAAAAAACUGCUACAACUGGUCGAUCUCGACCUGAAUCCCCCAAAUAACCACACAGGCUUAGUGCCAGUUAGGCUGGAGAAACUAAUUAAUAAAACUCAGACAACGCAUAACUGGCACGAGGAACACGGUAGGAGCACAGAGGCUAAGCAAAAAGAAAAAACUACUACAACUGGUCGAUCUCGACCUGAAUCCCCCAAAUAAGCACGCAGGCUUAGUGCCAGUUAGGCCGGGGAAAUUUAAUAAAACUGUGAUCAACGUAUAACUGGGACCGGGAACACUUCAGGAACACAGAGGCUGAGCGCCAGGAAAACUGGGAAUUAUCUCCACUAAUGUACCCAACAAGGCACGUAGCCCAAUAACCAGUAAGACUGCCAUAAAAGGCUAGGGCGGGACAUUGAGGGUAAACAAUGAAUAACGACCCUGGCUAGAGGUCUGUAACAUUGCCUGCAACCUAACUGCGUCAAACGAGACUUACGUCGCCUCCUAAAGAGCGGUUCCGGGACAGCUGACCUAAGCAUACAUGGAAACUGAAUAUAUCAAGUAAAGGAGCAGGUGCAAAACUGAGAUAACUAGUGUGCAAGUACAUAAAAUAAGAAACGGGAAAAAGGCUGAAAACUAGCAGAGCUGAGCUACCGCUUACAACCUGAAGUAAAUGCGGUCAGACGGAGGCCAAAAACCUGCCCAAAAAAAAAAAAACCCGAAGGGAAAAAAUGCGGGCAGGAAAUCUGGGUAGGAACCAAGGCUCAAGCUCAAAGCCCUUCCUACGGGACUUUACAAUGUAAUCGAGAAUAUGUUGCUCCUAAAAUAAAUAAAACAAAAAUUUAAGAAAAACCAAGGAGAGGUUGGUUCGUAAGCCUAGAUGACGAACACGUGAUAUGCGCAGCCUUAUAUACCCCCGAUAUGGCUACCCAUGGUGCACCCGGCCUAGUACCCAGGCCCUGUUAGUAUCUCGUGCCGUCAAAAUAUUUAUUUCUGCCUUCUUCGGGGCUCAUUCGUCAGAAAUAACAUAUUUUGACUCCACUACACAACAUCAACAGACAAAACGUAAUGGCAAAUAAGUUUAUUUUGGGACGGCUUGGCGAGAACCAACCCUACAAAGUACGUAGAGUGACAAAGUAUUGGGCGAAAUGACAAAUGAAAGCUCCUAGAGCCCAAGAAACUUGGAAACUGAAAGCCUUUUUCUAGGUCAUCAUCGGUAGGCGUCCUUGGCUAGAACGGACUUUCAGCGGCCGAGCCACUGAAACACACUGUCACAAACCCCAUUAUAAGCAGCGAAGGUGGCCCCUCACGAACGCAAGGAAUAUAAACCAAAAGUGGAAGAGUCAACCCCGACAAUUCUCAGGUCCUUGCGAAAAGCCUCUAAUUGUGACAUAGCUGAUAGGCUCGUUCUGGGAAACUAACUAAAAAGAGUUGUUCCCGCGAAACAUGGGGCAAAAAAUGAGAUCCCCGGAGCUAAAGGGGAUGGAAAAAAAGCAAGGUACCUCUUUAGAAGCUUGACAGGACAAGCAGGGCCAAACAUUUCCGAAAAAAUCACUUCGAGUCAUCGUCCUUACAAAGUUGGUCGUUCUUGCUUUUGAGAACCUUAAUGAUCAUGAAACCCUCAUGAAAGAAAAUAUAAUACCCCCUAAUUAUGGAGACCUCAUCAAACCUAAAAUCGUUUUGAAAACACACCUAGCCCCUUCAAUAAUCGAGUUAUCCCUGGGAGAGGGGAUACCCGCCAUGGUAUGAACCCAUUUAAUACCAUAAACAUCCGAGUCUACGACGCACUGGGAGUGCGACUCUUCAAUGAGGUGUUGCAAAUACAAGGCAACAUGGCAGGGACUGGCAGGACAGGCCCAGGAAUGAAGCUUACUAGCAGCAAAACAUUUUUACUUGCGAGAAGCACGAAGGUACACCACUGUCGUACUAACUGCCUUUGAGGAGAGAACCGUCGAUUGCAUUGUAGACUGUCUGUCAGCCUCAGGGUUCAACCCUCUGGUGGGAAAUUCUGGGGCCCGCGCUAGAAACCAGAGCGGAAUAUAUCUGAAAAGUAAUCGAAAAUACAAAAGAAAAUGUGAGGAUCACGCAAUAAAAAAGAAAAAACACCGGAAAAGGGAAGUGGGGGGUCAAAAGGCUACAUGCAAAAACCUAAUGGGUCCAAACCUAAAGGUACGCAUAACACGCGUGUAGAGGCACAGGCAACACUUUCCGUCAGGCGGCGUAGAGCAGAAGCCCGCCAGGGACGAGGGAGGUGUGGGGCGCCGAAAAUAAACUCGAAGCGCUAUGACGCCAAAAAAUAAAGGCCUGGUUCUGAAAAGGGAAUUACGGACCUUCCCUGGAACAAAUAAUCCCUGGAACUUAAGCAAUAAAACCCAGUCCACAACAAAACUAUUCCAAUGCACUCCAUCUUUAGUAGAAACAUUUCAGAAAAUAGCUGACUUCCAUACGUGAGGAAUAAGGGCUCCCGUGAGCGCGCAGAGCCCAAUGUGUCUGAUAUACAUGACUCUGACAAUGAGGCAAACAGGUGGGCCAAGCCAGUUGUUGUCCUAUCCCCAAUUUUGAGCGAAGGCAUAAACAAACUAACAACCUGGCUGAAAAAAUAGAGAGUUAAGCCAAGGCAACUCGCCGUAGUAACUACAGGCGAACCUGUCAAUAAUGUAAGGACCUAAGAGGUGAUUUAGCCCUAGCAAAACAAAAUCGUUGAGGUCGUAACCAUCGAAGUCAACGAGCUUGCAGAUACAGACCGCACUAGCGUUCAGGUCCCUAAGGAUCCACUUGACCUCGAACGAAAUACAAUGAUGGGAGCAAAUUUGAAAAGCAACUAGGGCUAAAUUCUUUGAGAUCGCAUUUCCUGCUGCCGUCGCGGAGAAUGGAUUCGACGUAUUGGUUGUCAGAAUACCAAAAAACCUUGGAAUUAGAUGAAGGGCUCGCGAAGGCUAGUAAGGCAAGGCAAACCGCUUUGAGCUCUCUUCAAGUCGAUCUACGAACACUUUCCGACCAAUUCUGAUAAAAAAUCAACUCAGGUUCAGACUCCACUUAAACGCCGCAGGCUGAAUCGGAAGCAUAGGAGAAGCCGGAGCUUACUCUCACUGGAAGCGAACUGGAACCCCUCGAUAAAUUUAGCCGUAGAGAGGCUAACAUAAUUCGACUAAAAUUCAAUUUCAUACAAAGAAUCAACGGACAGGAAAACCUAGCUAUCCCAGGAAACAGCUGAGUAAACAACUGAGAAAAGAAAUCGGGCCAUAACGCACGCGACGGAUCCCACGCUACUCGAGAGGGAAAUACUAUGGGCGGCUACACACGGGACGCGUAGAAAGUGGACUGUGGUGGACGACUAAUAUGAAGACAAAGCCGCCAGGUCGCGAGACAAUUUAGCAAUGCGUUCAUCCGUGGCUCUAAUACUUUCAUCCAGAGUGUUAUGCUGAGAUGAACGCGAAGCCACUAGAAAAUUCGAACGGGCUCCCACAGGGACUUUUCCUCAUAGGAAUUCGAACAAAGCGAGACUAAAGCAAAUCGGCAUGGACAGCCCGCAAACUGUAAAUUAAGGCCUGAACGCGAUAAGCUCCUCCUCCUAUAGCUAGACCAUAGUCAAGAAAAAUGGCAAUAGGGAUACCUUGGCUUCUUCUAGAUUUCUGAAGCGGUUUGAGGGAGGCUGACAAGAACCCAAAGGGAAGCGCGCAAAGUGGAAAAUACCUAAAAACCCAGGUGCCGAGAUCCCAGGUGAACGCAAGGAAAUACUGGUGAUCAGGGAAAAUAACGAUAACCGCACUAGAGGUAAAAUAUGAAUAAAUAAAAACCCAUAUCAAAAAUAUAAGUGGCCAUGGACAAGUCUUCGCACUUGAAUUUCUGUUUGAAGAAAAAAGUGCAAACGUGCCUAAAAUCCAGGAUUAACCUUUGUUAGCCGGAGCGGCGCGUCAAACAGAAAGCGGGUAAAUGAUAUUGGAAUGCAAAAAGUUUUAAAAGGAGGUUGAGGCUGGGAAGCUCAUUAACAGCUACGGACAAAAAGAACUGUAAACACGUGCAGAGGCAUUGUAGGAUUUGUAAAAAAAACAUAAAAAGCUGGAAGAAGGGAAUUUGUAACUAAGACUAAAAACAUUCAAAAUGAACAGAGAAACUAGCAAAGUAUGCCAGAAAUAGAUAACUGUGAAAAAUCUUCCCCAAACUGAAGGCAGAAUAGAAACAUCAACGGUACACUCAGAGCUCUAAACCGCGCCUAAAACUAGCGGGGUGAACGUCAGAAGAAACUGGUAUAAUAUCGAGACAAUCCUGAUCCAUAUUACGGCUUGCCGCCUAAAAAAUUCAGUACUAAAUUAGAAUAGACUGCACCUGAUUGUUGUCCUUCAUCUAGCCAUUUGGGAGUUUGGGAUGUUUGGCUUGUCCAUCGUCGGGUAACAGGAACGCUUUCCACGGGCAAAACAGGUCCCGACACUGGGUCGUCAAGAAGGCGAAAAUUAAAACAGGAACGUUUGACAUGAGGCUGGGGUUGCAUAUGUGAAGUUGAGGUGGACGCCGGCGUUCCCACUGGCGAGGAUCUGUUUUUGAGUGGUCUUCUUCUUCUUACUGGCCUAGUACGCUACACGGCCGCAAAAUUCUGCACUGUGGAUCCUUUAAAACUGGUUUUCGUUGGCCUUCUUCUUGAACUUACGUGGUUCGUUAUACCUUAGUUUCUGAAUUUCCUUCAUCUGCUGCUCGGCCAAAUAUUCAUUAGCGCGCUUGAUUUGACCAACGGUUUCUGUUAACAAAACUUUAAACGAGUCCAUUCACUGUUUGUUAUUCUCCUCAAUGAGAUCGGACACUUCGUCUUUGCUGACGGAUAUAACGCAAGAAAGAGCCGAUAAGAACGUUAAGAAAAACCAAGGAGAGGUUGGUUCGUAAGCCUAGAUGACGAACACGUGAUAUACGCAGCCUUAUAUACCCCCGAUAUGGCUACCCAUGGUGCACCCGGCCUAGUACCCAGGCCCUGUUGUAUCUCGUGCCGUCAAAAUAUUUAUUUCUGCCUUCUUCGCGGGCUCAUUCGUCAGAAAUAACAUAUUUCGAAUGAAAGCUGAACAUUUCGGCUUUAAGAUGAAGGUUUUGGCGAGAUGAAAGCUUGCGAAACAGUCGCAGAAGACGCCGUUCUGUUCAGGUGAAUAAACAUUUCAUGGCUAAUAUUUACGCUGUUUACUGCGCAGUAAAAUUAGUGCUGCUCAGAAAAGGGUAGGUAAUAUGUGAUAUUUUCAAAGAAACGGUUUUAUAUUUAACUUAAAGAUACUUAAAGAAGUCAGGUUCUCAGAAAGUUUACUAAUUCUUCUUGAAAUUCGAUUUGUUUGGAAUAACGGAGCCCAGAAACAUUCACUAAGUAUUGAUGUAAUUUGCCCAGUAUCCGGACAGUUUUUUCUUUGCUGUACAGAAUCGAUGAAUUAACUGCGUACAUUAUCCGGAUAAGAUUUAUUUCAUAUCUGUAACUAUAAUUAAAGCUUAGGAUAUAUCAUAUAGUCGUAAAAUGUAAUUCUACUCAACUCCGUACGGAAAUUUUCUUCACUAAUUCGGAGGCGACUUGAUUUCAUGUGCGCCGCUUGUUUCGGGUGACUGCAUUUUCUAUAUAUAACCGAAAGCGUCGGAGUUGAACCUGGAAUUCUCAUACUUUCCCCAGUUGUGACUGCUAAAAUGGGGUUGCAACGGUCUGAAAAAUGUCACAAAGGGAUUGAGAGAUGUGAAAGAAGGAGGAAUUAGUGCUAGAAAAGCAGGCUUAUUUAGGGUCUGCAGGGACGGAGCAUGAAGAAAUCAUCAACACUGCAGGUCAGACUGAAUAGGAGAGUGACCUUUGACCGUCGCAGUGAGGUCCCUUCCCCAAGCUUUUUUUUUUUUAAAACGAAAAAUGAAGAAAAAAAGUCGUUUGCAGAUUGGCUAAUUAAGCUAGCAAACCGCGGCUUCCGCAUGUCCACGGAUGUCUUCCUUAAAUCAGUGAAAAAGUUCCUAGACAAGGAAGUAUGAGUUAUGACAUUUAACAACCGCUCGCGUUCCCCACCAUACCACAUUCAUUUGUUAUGUUUUAUUUCACGAUGCUAGGUUAUAUUUUUGGAAUCGAUUGCCAGACUACUUUGCAAGUGCAAGAGAAGCUUAUAAGUCGCUUGCUUGUCGAAAUUUGUGUACAAUUACGUUGUUAUUGUUGUGUCCGGAUACUGGGCCAGCUGUCCGGAUACUGGGCAACAUAGGAGCUCUGCAAAAAUACUAAUUUCGCCAUGGAAACAAAGGCAGAAAAUUUAAACUGUCUUUCUUCAUAUUAAGGACUAAAUAGAUUUUCUCUGGGCCAAAUUUCAGAGUUCUUGCGACUAACAAAGGAAAGUUAUUGCAAUGUUAAACUGAAGUGUCCGGAUACUGGGCAACAUACUGUACCGGUUUUUUUUUUUUUCAGAAAAUGAAAACUUAUUUAAGAAUCUAAUUAGCCUAAAUUUGUGCUAAUUAACAUUUAUGUAAGAACCUUUUGAGGUAGACUGCAAAACAGUCCGUAUUUUUGCGUAUUCAACCACGCGCUAGCAGUCAAACAAAAGGUCUGGAACGAGGCUGAAAACAGAGAGCGAGACUGGCGAGAGACGCUACGAGCGUGUGAGGCUCGCGCGCUUCGCGCGCGCAAGACUCUUACGCCACGUUUUACCGAUUUCUUUGCUGAUUUUGAGAAAAAAAGACCGACUGUUUUGCGGUCUACUUUUGAGGCUAACUUGGGAAGAUGCAGGUUCUUAUAUAGCAGCGGGCUUUUACGGUACGAAUUUCGCGAAUCUGCGACUGAAACAGUCAAAGAUUCGACUUAGGUUCGACAGUUGAUUCAGACGCCCCAUUUCACAAGUUUCGAAUUUAAUGCAUUCAUUAUAGAAACUAUUAUCCAAAUUGGAUAACAAGUUGUUUUAGAGGCCGGGAUUAUUUACAACAAACGCAGUUAAAUUCGGCACCAUUAUAUCCGACGUCUAAAUCAACUGCCGUAUUAAUUAUUUGGGCGUCGCCCAAAUAGAGUAAUCGAGAUCGCUUGUUUUGAUUAAAAGUUGCAAUAGGCAAGCCAUACUUGCGAACGUAAACAAGCCAAGCGACACGAUUGUCUGCUGGGUGAUGUGUGACGACACAGCAUUUAUCGUCGUUACAUACGUCCCACAGAUAACGCACGGAAAACAAAUUGGCAAUAGAAAACAAACGUAUUGAAAAAAGAAGAUACACUAAGUGGAACAAACUACUAUUAAAUAAUUUAAGUUUUCUGUUUGGGAAAUAAUUGCCCUCGCAGCACACGGCGUGAAUGUUUUUCCUCCGGACCAAAGGUACCGGUCAUUACCCUUCUUCAUUGUACAUGAGACUAUUCAUUGCCAGUAAGGACAUAAACGAUUUUUCAGAAAUUCGAAGGUGAAUCUGUUGAAAAUAAUUGGAAUUAACGGGGUUGGCUUAUUGACAAGAGUUUGACAAUAUUAUUUACCCUGAGAUGUUGAGAGCCAAAUACCUUGGCUCCAGAGGUCGAUGCGUUCUCAGUACACUUAAUAUUAAAUAAACCGUGCUUACGGUUUGAUAAGGCUGCCGAGACUGACCUCUGGUUACACAAGCAAGCAACCUCAUUUCCCUGCGAGAAAUCAGUUCAGAAUCUCAGAAUCUGAACUGGGUCGCCCAUUGGUUACUCUCACCUCCGCAGGGAAUUAACGCUGUGACAGUGAAUUUGAUUGGCUGCAUUGAAGAACUUUCACCGCAUGAGAUAAACAAACCGGUUGCGAUGUUCAUAACAAACAAUAUAAUCCCGUGCUAUAAUUCGGAGAUCUCGGCUUUCAUGUUUCCUUUUGGAGGUGUGGCUAAGCAAUCUGCGGCUAAACUUCGAAAUAACUGAAGCGACAUCCGACAACUAAAUCAACGUUGCUCAAGGAAAAAGCUUUGUUUAAACUUUUCCUACCAAAGUACGUACUUUGAAUGAAUGUGAUGAUUUCCUGCUAUGCUUUGUCUUGCUGAGCUCAGUUCUGUAGUGUUACGUUGUUUGCAUGAUGUCCAUGAUGUUGAAAUCUCACGGAUAGUACCCUGGGUGCAAACGGGUUUUUUUUCUUUUUUCCUUAUUCCUGAUAGUUCGCGGCGCGGUUGAUUUGCUAAAAAAUUCUGCAGAAUGAUGUUUUGUUUGGCAUAGCCGUUUCGUCUGGCAAUAUUUAGGGACGGACCAUUAGAAAAGUUAUGAGGGGAGCGGGGGGGUGGGGAAUUUUCGAGCCGCAGGAAUUUUUUUUCGUUAUCAAAUUCCUCGUAUGAAUUUUUUUCAUUUAAUUUUCCCUUACGCGAAUUUUUUUUUUUGUACUUCUCCUCCCCCCUCCCCCGCGCCCAAAAGUUUUCUAAUGGUCCAUCCCUUAGGUUGACCUGGUACAGCAAUACAAGUGUCGCGGACCGGGAAUUCUUUUUAUCUUGAUGACUUCUAAAAACAUACAGAGAGUGUACUUCUCAGACUUGUCAGCUAACCGUUCUGUCCAUUUUAUAUCCUUUAAACUUGAAGUGUGUUUUUUGGAAAAGAAUUUGUGACAAUUUUUAAUAGCACUUUCCUUUCUAAGUGAGCUUUCGCGCAAUCCUAUUGUCAUGCAUCGCAGACGCAGAGUCGCCUACGAUCAAAUCUCAGCUGUCAGCGUCAAUGAAACAAACAUGCACAUCACCUCCAAACGAGUUUGGUGAGAUAUAUGAUCCUAAAAUUGCAUGGAAAUGAGACUCGCAGCUCCUGUGACCAGAGGUUAUUUUUUUCUCGCUUGGUUCAUUCGCUGAGCCGCCUGGCAAGCGUGAUUACUUGUUAAAUUUCCGUCCGGGAUCCCGGCAUUACAUUACUGGGAUCCCAGCUAACCGGGCUGGUAAACUAAGGUGCCGAGAUCUAAUGUAAUCAGGCCAUUAGUUCUGCAGCCAAAUUUUACGCCCUUCCCCUUGACCUCACCGAUUUUUCAAAGCCUUCCGAACACACACACAAAAUUUCAGCCCCCCCCCCUCUCUCAACGUGUUCAUACCCUCCUUCUCUAUAUAAAAAUGUACUUUCCCUUAUCCACGUUUUUCCAUACAAAAAUUAUCAAAAAUAAGCAAAAAACAAUCAGAAAGCCUAGCAACAUUUAAAAUAAGUACAAGUAUGUUUUCCACUGUUGUUCAGAUCUCUCACAACCACCACUUCAUUUCAACAGACUUUAACUACACUAUCCCUUCAAAACCAGAUUAGCACUCCCACAACCACCUCACUGCAACUCCUAAAAUCACUUUUACCUUUGUUACUUCAUAUUAAAUGCUGCGAGAAACCAGUUUCACUUAUUAACAAACUACUAAAAGCCAUUAUCUUACCAAUCCACGUCCAAUAUAACUCCACGCCUUCCACUACACUCAUCUCAACCAACCCCUAAAAUGUACAACCCUACUGCACUACUCACACAUCCCUGAUACACACAAAAAACUUCAACACGGUUAGCACAUCGACGCCCAUAUAUACGCUCCCACAGCGUAUUGUUAUUUUAGUAGACUAAAAUGGGACUUAAGCUACAACAACAACAGCAACAACUUUAUUCUUUGUACAAAAGUACAAAAGUUGGAUGGUUUGCCCCGCAAUUAGCUGGAAAGCUAGUCGUGGCGGGGCAAGCAAGACAAGUACAAGAAUAACACAAAUUUUUUAAUGAAAAAAACGUCAUACGGAAUGGUUUUCAGAAUAUGUAGGUUCAGGAUAAGAGGAGAAUUCGCGAAUUAGGAUCCGAGCACACAAAACACGUCUGCACAGCUCAGUGCACACAUCUGUGCACACAUACGUGCGGACGGACGCAACAAUUCCCAACAUUGUUGGCCUAACAAUGUUGGGAGUUGUUGCGUCUGUUUUGGCAGUGGUGUGCAAACGGAUGCAACAACUCCCAACAAAGUUGGGACCUGCAGUGCAUCGUGGAAAGGAUACAACCAAUAAGACCUUGAAAACCAUGUGUAAUGCGCGUGCGUGGCCCUAACAGUGUUGGAAGAGCAGUGUAAAUGGAUUCAAAAUUGAUGUGCUAUGACAGACAGGCACGGGAGAACUUUUGGCCUAUAACGGUACUAUCUUGCCUAAACAAAGUAUUUGUGCGGCUGCUAGGCAACCAAAUUACAAGUAAGUUUGACUGCUAUCUCGGAGACUAUCUUACUUCCUAUCUUGGACAUCACAGUUGUGAAUCAACACUCAUUGGCCUUGUGGGGGACUGGAAACGUGCUAAAGACAACCAGUCAUCUGUCGGUAUCCUCUCAAUGGACAUGUCGAAAGCGUUUGACUGUCUGCAUCAACCACUCAUGUUAUGCAAGCUAAAGGCCUAUGGUUUCCGAGACAAGGCGGUAGACAUGCUUCAGAGUUACUUGUACGCCAAUGUCGUGUACAAAUCGGGACGGUAAGAAGGUCUUGGAGGCCAGUAAAUCGUGGCGGCCCUCAGGGGUCAGUCUUAGGACCGCUUCUUUGGAACAUCUUUCAGAACGUUCUGCAGAUGACCAUCAAAUUUACGAGAUAACAAAGAAACAUGCACUGUAGUGGCCCAACUACAGGAGAGCGCAACCCUAGCAACCAACCGGUAUGAUUCGAAUCUACUUCUGGGCAACCUUCAGAAGUAUCAGAUGAUGAAUAUAGCAAACAAACGCCCAAGUAAUGAGCAAACGAGUAUAACUGUUAAGGGCGAGAUUAUAACUGGGUCUGAAAAUCUAAAACUCCUUGGCGUAACUAUUGAUAGUAGACUCAACUUUAGCGAACACAUCAAUAGCGUAUGCAAGAAAGCAAGUCAGACCUGGAGUCAGAGGUUCAGCGAGCCGUGAGGCAGUUAACUGAAGGAAUCGACACUUACAACUCUAUAAAUCGGCAAUUCUCCCCCCACCCCCUCACUUACUGACGAUCUUUUGUUAUCGUUGGUGUAUUUUAUGUAGAUAUAUGUAUGUAUUCAUUCAUUAGACAUACCCUGGAUUUUAGAACAUAAGAACGGGUUAAUUUAUUACUUUCAGGUGUAUACCAGCUAUUGAUGAGCGGAUGUUUGAUCUGGGAUGCCUCGGUCCAGCCGUAAGUAUCAUCAAAGAACAGUGAACAGCGUGAAUGGUCAGAGUGGUCGGGGGAAACUGGAAGCUUCUAUUAUUUUUCUAUGUGGGUUGUUGUUAACCUUAUCAUUCGGGGCUAUGGUCUUAGUUCUCAGGUAUACCUUAUUACAUGAAAUUUUCGCGACGCGUUAAUUUCGCGAAUUUCGCGAUACAAAAAAAAAAUCGCUAAAUAAAAGUGAGGCGAACAAUAAAUGUUGCGAACAUAACAUGACGCGAAAAUUAAAGUGCCUUAAGUUAUGUCCAUAAUCAAGAAAGAACGGGUUUAUUAUCACUGAAACGUUUGCAAAAUCACAUUUUUUACUUUUCUGAGGAAUUUUCAGUGUAAAUUGAGGUUGUGGUCAAUUUACUCAAGAACAAUAAUUUUUGUAUUGAAGCACGAGUUGCUUGUGAACAUUGUGAGAACUGCUUUGUUGUUAUACUGUUGACAUUUAUUCCCGCUUUUGCGUUUUUCUUAAUUUUGAUAAAGUCGUUUUAUUUAGUUCAAGGACAUGCUGAAUAACAUUGUCCUUGAAAUGUAAAUUAUAAAUUUUUCGCAAAAUUGCGAAAUAAACUUGUUGAGAAAAUUUCAUGUAAUAAGGUAUUAAAAGUGAGGGGUUGUGGAUUGAAGGUUUUUUUGCGACGGAAAGGAAGAAAUUUUUAUGACCUGCUUUUCUUCUUUUCAUAAAAAAUUUUAUACAUGGCAAUAUGCAAUAUUAACUUCUGCUUUUAAUCCUUAGGCCACUGAACGUUUAGCAGGUCCCUGACUUUCAAACCAUGAUUUUUGGGGGGUUUGUGAAGAUCGAGCUUUCGUUUCCAAACACUGAUAUUCCGAUUUUUCCAAUAUAUUAUAAUAUUUAUCUUUUUUUAUAUUUAUAUUUUGUCUGUUUGUAUGUUCUCCAGAGCUUAUACAAAUUUUUUUUGCCGGUAUAAACAAGGUUUAUCACGGACAAUGUGAACGUGGGGCAUUUUAUAUUUUUUCAAGACAUGCAGAUGUAAUACAGAACCUGAUUGAGCUUUGCCACAAGCAGUACAAUAAUAAUAUUGAGCAAUUCAAGACUAGAUAGAUUAUUUGAGACCAAUUUUUUUGCGAUUCGAGGUUGUAAAGAAUUAGGAUAACAUCCUCCAAGAGCUGCAUAAUUCUUCACAUCAUACCAAAGCCGAAUACAGUAUUAAGUAAUUGUUUUAUCAUUUAAUCAAAAUAUUUUUAAGUUCUUAACAAGUUUACCUCCUCGUAGACUUUCUUCUAAACCUUAGCCUAUUUUUCGGCACAGUUUCAGGACAUAAACACAUUUUUUUUCUUGCAGAUACUCCUCAAAAAGUAGAUAACAUGCAUCCAUCGAGCAAAAUAUUUUGCCUAUUUUUGCUUUCGCUCCGUUCAGUUUCAGUCAGAAAUUCAGCUAUUUCGUCUCCAGAUAGCUGUAAACGCCAGCUUUUUUAGUUUACUCGUGAACAAACAGCUAGGCCGCCGCGCCUGGAAACGACGUUGAUCGAUGGUCUAUUGCCCAUGCUGCCUCGUUUUCAAUCAAAUAUACAAUCGAAUCGGUGGUAUAUUGCACGCAUCUUCCAAAUUUGGUCAGCGCCGGUUAGUAAUGAAGAAUUAGCCGGGGAGUGAUUUUAGCCAAUUAUAAACGGCGAAGUAUAUUGUGAAUGAAUAGAGAAUUUUAGAUCCGAGUUUACCGCGAACCUCUAACCGCUGGAGGUCACGUGACAAGUCUUUCGCGUCACGUUUGAGGUUUACGACGUUCGUUUUCAGCGUUGGGAGGUAGGUUCUCACGUAUGUCAUUUACCUGAAACCUUUUAGCGUAUAAUUCUUGUUUUAUCCCACUUAAUGAUACAAAAAUCUUGCGGAGCAAGUCUUUGUCUAUUAACAGAGGCACAAAUUCGUGCGAAAUUCUGAAUUUGAUAAAUCCUAUUUGAUCUUGAAAACAAGUGCCAUUCAUGGCUGCUGAUUCAACAUGGCGGCCGUAAUCUAAUCCAUCGCCAAUCUAAAUCGAAUUAUGUUUGAACGUCGAACCGCAAACGGGUAACGGCAAACCGCGAUUAUAGGUUCGCGGUUAACUCGGAUCUAAAACUCUCUAAUAAUAAUGAUCGUUUUUGUGGUGCAUAUACUGUAGAUAUAUCGCGAUACAAUACAGUGUGAUAUGUGACUUGCUUGGAUGGUCAAAUUUUUAGCUGAACACAGAGCUUAUUAUUUACCAUGUGACAAUGUUUUACUUCACAAUUUUUUUCUUUUCUAGCUUGCCAUUAUUGUUGUUUUGGCAUGUCUCAAAAGAAGGAAAAAACUUGAACUUGAAUUCUACAGUGGACAUCCAGGGCUACUGGUGUAAGUGUUCUUUUAAGCGGUUUAGGGUUCCGACACUCAACUGAACUAUUUGUAAACAAUAUAAAUAUUUACCCAUUUCUGUUAUUUCCCAUAAACUAAAUGAUGUAUGAGUUUUACAUCGUCUAUCUUGUAAAUAUAGAGACUAAAGUCGACUCCCGAUAACUCGAACAUUUUCGGGAAAUCGAAAGAGGUUCGAGGUAUCCGGAGUUCGAAGGAAAAAAAAGGGAAAUAAGGAAAUGGAUAGGACUUGGAAUAAGGGAUGCAAGUACCAUGCACACUUCACUUGAAGGGCAGCAAGAGAUAUAUUAAGCUUUCUUGAUACACAGAGCUGGAUACUGUUUUAAUCUGGACAGGCACAAAAGUAAGGACAAAGAACACACGGGUUGCUUUCAAAUCAAUUUAAUGUUUUGAACUUGAGUACACUUUUUUUGGCUUGUCACGCGCUUAAAACAGGCUAGGGUUCGAGUCAUCGAGCGUAAAAUCAUGUUGACAUGUUCCGCUGAAGGGAAACAAAACUUACUUCGAGUUAGUGGGAGGUUCAAGUUAUCGAGGGUUCGAGUUAUGGAAGGUAAAAUUACAGUAACUGUAUGAAGAAAGUCCGGGGCAAUCGAUUUUGGUUCGAGUAAGCGCGAAAUUCGAGUUAGCGAGGGUUCGAGUUAUCGGGAGUCGACUGUAGUUCUUGGGUCAAGCUUCUCAGAAUGCUGUCGUUUCUUCAAAAACGAGUCCUAUUUGAUGACAUUUUUCAAGAAAAGUGAACAUGCCAUGAUUCCCUGCUUUAUCAGUCUAAACAUCCUACAUAUAAAUUUUCUCUUAAGGUGAUUUUGGUUGUUUUAUGGUCCCAGAGUAGGCCUUUUCUAUAUGCCCAGUAAAUUUUACAUUUAAAGAUUCGUGCGAAUUUGGGCCAACAACGUUGCCAGCAGUGUUCGGAGUUGUUGCGUCCGUGUUGGCAGUGAUGUGCAAAGUGAUGCGACAAUGUUGGGACCUGCAGUGCAUCGUGGGCAGGAUACAACCCAUAAGACCUUGUAAACGUCAAAUAGACCAUGUAUAGUGCGCAAUGUUGGAAGAGCUAUGCACAGGGAUCCAACAUUGUUGCGCUUCGACGAUCACGGAAUUAAAGAAAUGUUGGGAGUUGUUAGCUGAAACGUUUGAUCGGUUUCAAACUUUGCGCAACAACUCCCAACAGCGCGUAACAACACGCAACAGAGUGUGCAAACGGACAUAACAUGUAACAUCCAACAAUGUUGAGAGUUGUUGGCCAACAUUGUUGCGUCUGUUUGCAUGGGGCUUAAUGUUUGGAGUCCAAAACAAGCUGGCGCCUGCAAAUGUCAGGGGCAAAAUGUUUUUGGAUUUAUGUCACGCCAUUGACCGUAUAAAUCAAUAUUUUGUUUGCUUUUUGUUUGUUUGUAUCCAUCCUCAGACCAAUCAACUUUCUGCGUAGUUUUAGCUACAGCAACAGGUUCACUAUCGCCGCUACCUUUGGAGCCACGGCCAGUACUUGUCUGCGAAUAUUCACUUAUGGAAAAACUGGCUUAUUUCCUUUGGGCGGCCCUGCCUGGGUGAAAGGUGGGAGGCAAAGUAAUUCAUUAACCCUUUAAACCUUAAGAUCAAAAUUUGAAUUUUCAUUAGUUGCGCCUAUUCAAUUCCUACAGAAGAAGUGGAGAGAAGUUGACAAAAUAUCAAUCAAAUUCAUCUUGUGUGAUCAUGUCCUUAAUUCUCACGACCACUCUGCUUUACAAAGCAUUGAUAUUACAAGGAGAAAUUCGAUGCUGAUCACUCUUAGGGCUUAAAGGGUUAAGCAAAGUACCCAGUUUUUUUUAGAGAAAUUCACAUUAGAGCAUACGUUUUCGCAUGUUUCAGUAACCCAUCAAAUUCAUUCCAGAACUGUCGCCUGUACUUCCUUGAACUAAUUUCCCCCUUCCUUAUAGUCUCCCCUUGAAAAGAGGGGGGGAAAGUGAAAGAAGUGGCGAGGAAAGAAAGCGAAAGUUAAAAUAAAGGAGCAGUGUCACUUGAAACCCUAAAACGAAAUUUGGCCUUCGGCGCAUGCCCAAACGGAAUCAGGAUCCGAAGGCGGCGCAGUCAGUUUGAUCCUCUUUCGCCAGAUAGUGGUCACGAGUUCACGAACAACAAUUUUGCGUUUCACGAGUCACGAAACAAAUACUGUAAUUAUGGACCUUUGACCUCGGCCAUGUGUUCGGGUGAUCUCUGCGCAGCUAUAGUUCCCUUUCUAAGCUAGCUGUAGGUGGGUCUGAGUGCACUGAAGUGUGAAGAUACAUCAAAAGACUCAAAAGUGAAGUUAAAUGAAGCCACAAGAUGAUAGUUAAGGUCAUUUGGCCAAAUGAACGAUUUAUUUUCUCCAAUUGAUCUUUAAUGUACGUGUUUACAAUCAAGGAUUUUGGCAGUUCACGUUUCACCGAGUGCACUUCAAUCACGAUUCACAGAAGCGUUUUUCAGUUUAUCACGAUUCACGAUCUCCGCGUCACGAAAAUAAGCUUCCCCCUUAUAAAUUUAGUGGCCGUUAUACUAGUUUUGUAGUUAACUCUCUCUAAGACGGACACUUUGGGACCGGCACUAAGUGUUCGUCUAAAAGUGAUGUCCGUCUUAUAAUAGCGAGUCAACUAAAAUUAAGGAGUGACCGAGAAAGGCUGGGACCAACUGUAGGUGUCCGUUUCACCGAGGUGUUCAUUAAGAGAGAGUCGACUGUACAGCAUAUAUAAUGUACUUAUCAGUUUGAACAUCUAGAAAUAAUUUUGUUGUCAUUUUACAGUGACAUGAUGUGAUGUCACUUGAUUUCAUAUUGUUGAAUUUAUUGGCUGAAAUCCGUAUUUCACCAUUCUUUCCCAUAAAAAUAGCUAGAAAGUGCCAAACUUAAAUAUGAGCGUGUCCGAUAAAGUUGAAGAAGAUGAAGUUGCAUUGGCUAACACAUUCAGAAUCUUUAACAAUAGCAGCGACGUUAUGAUGACGUUAUAAGGGAGCUUAAGCAACAACGACGGCGACGGCUAUGAACUCGUCUCUUAAAGGUGAAUUCGCGCUGCUUCAAACUUUAUCACGCUUAUUCCACCUCGUUCGUAUCGUCAAAUGUUGGCAAUUUUUUCUGGAGUUUAAUUCUUAAAGACUGUAUCGAAGUUCAGGAAAAGAAAAAGAAAGUCGUUCUCUUGUUCACGUCCUCAGCAAAAACGUUAAAUAAGGCACUUCCACGUAGCAGUCGUGCAUUGACUGGGAAGAUUUGUACAAAAAGUGUGAUGCACGUGCAAAGUUGUUGUUUUGCCUAUUUUUUGCCGUUCUCGUUGACGUCGCCGUCGUUGUUGAUUAAGUUCCCUAUUUAUUAUCAAAGAAGGGACUGGAACCAUCUGCCAUCUUGAAUCUGACAUUUUGAAUUAAUUAUUCAAAUGUGAAUUUUAUUUUGCUUAAAAACCAUAAUACACCUUGUUUGCCCCUUUUUUAUCUCUCCUGGGUAUUACAGUCGUCACAAGAGAAAUUUAAGACAACGCUUAUUAUGUCAUUUGGUCAUUUUGAUUCACGUUUUCCUCAAAAUAGUACUUAAAAAGCCUGGAGUAUUAACGGCUGUAAUAGAUUUAAUAAAAUAACGCUAAAUUAAGUGAAAUGCCAAAUUCCAAUCACUUGCCUGUAAUAUAGAAAUAAAACAAAAAAAUUUGCAAUACUCUUGAAACUACGCUGCAGCUAAUUUCGUUUUUCCAGAGUUUAUCGGAUACCGUGAAUACUACACUUUUCGAGAUCUGCUUGAUUCUCUAAACCAAAUGAACGGGGAAUGUAGUCCAAAUUUCUAAUGUGGUGUAGAAAGUUUCUCUUUGACAUGACGCCCUAUGGUCUUAUGUACUUUAAUUUACAGUUUUUCAUGGCCUCAUUGCUGUUCUUGUGUAUGGAAUCUUGUUCUACCCAUUUUUUGCCUGCCUUACAACAAAGUACAAACUAGUGGGAGCGUCUCUUGGAUUUCUUUACGCUGCUAUAAGGUUAGACAUAGAAUUACUUAAAACCCUAGGGAUACCCGGUACCCUAGGGAGGUCCUCCGUUUAGCUUAUCAGAAGUUACUGAUAGGGAAUUCUUUUGAACGUGCAUUUUGCAUCAGGGUACAAGAGAAUAAAUCAAGCACCUUCUGUUUUUGCAACCAUCACUUGGUUUAGUGGUCGGGAAGAACGUACACGACUAUCUGCUAGUUGUGGGGGGGGCACUGAACGCAGUUUGAUGAUGAUGGUGGUGAUGGAGAUGAUGAUGAUAAUGAUGAUGGUGAUGAUAAUGAUGAUGAUGAUGAUGAUGAUGAUUAGAAUGAUGAGAUGUGAUGACAAUGAUGAUGGUAAUGGUGACGCUUAUCAUGCUGGCACAAAUUCCCGAGGAUAGUACAAGCAAAGAAAUCCUCGUCGAAACAAGACAAACAAGUCCAAGGAAACGCCUAGCUACCCUGCAGCUAAUUUUCCGUUAACAUCUUCUGCCAGCGCGGAAUCGUAUUUCGCAGGUUAAAUUUGACAAAAAGUCACCAAACUGAGAAAUUUCCCAGCGCCUUGCAACACUCAUGAAGCGAAUCCUUUCCUUAUAGUUUAUCAUUUGCUGUUUCCUUUCUCACUGGCCUGAAACCACAAGUGGAAACGUUCUUCAUCUGUAAGGCACAUUACUAUAAUCAAUGCAUAGUUAACUUCAUUCCUACACAUACAUUUCUUAUCAUUGUAUUCUUUUUAUGUUGUCCAGUCAAUUUUAAUAGUAUUCUGCUUGUGUUUACCUUGUUGUCGAUUUUGAUAUUAAUACAAAAGAGAAUCCCUUUCCUACUCACGACACAACCCUGCAACCGGAAAUGGUCAAUUGCGCCCUCAACCAACCCUCACUACGGACUGUGUUAAAAAUUUGUAAUACAGUUGUUCGUUAAAAACCAUAUAGCGUACAUACUUCCUUUUACUCUGACCUGCUUAAAAAAUGUCUUUUUUGUUCUUUUCUGCUUCCAGGUUCUUUUUCCAACUUGGAAUAAGUUUCCAGUGCUGGAGUUCGUAUCAUGUGAGAAUUUAAUUUAUUUUCAACUGUUUUAUUUAACUUUAAGGGGACUUCUUCUAACUCUUCAGACCCUGAUUGAUUUUCCCAGAAGAGUCACCUUACUACAUGUAGGUCCUUCUUCAGAUGUUCAUUUUUUUUUUCAAAACCGAUUCUAAUGGAACAGAACUUCGCGGUGAAACGACCGAGCACGAUGUAAAAAGUGGCACGUAUGAAAGUAAGUUAUUCAAGAAUGCCUGACAUGUAAUAGGGAACGCGUGGCAGGACAGUCUUUUCGCAAUCUCGUUGAGAGCCUUGUAGAAGAUAACGACGUUAACCGUUAAAAUUUUAACAGCCGAAAGUAAAUUUAUGAGAUCACUUUAUACUCAGUGAUCACUAUAUACUGAGUGACAGUGGAUCACAGGGUUUGUCUUAAGUUUUCUUGCUUCUCGAUGUGUUGCUUCAUGUGGUCAUAAAGUACACUAUAAACAGUCUGUAAGUACCAUAGAACGCUUUUACUCACUUGGCCAGUAUCAGCCCUUAUUUAAUUAAUAAGAGAAGGCGUUUACGUAAGAAAACGUGCUCAGCUCUCAGGAUUUCCUUGGUACAUCAACAUGGCCGCCGUUUCAUUGUUUUUUUAUCACCAACAUGGCCACUGUGACGUCAUGUGAAAACCCUCUUUUCAAGUAGGCGGUGUUGGCCGGUUAGGAUUAGUUCCCGUUUGCCCAAACACCCAUAAACAUCUUAUGACGUUUACACAACGUAGUAAUCCUUAUCGCUUUGGUUUCGAGCGCUGACUAAAGUGAAUAGGGUUACGCAAUACUGAUUAGGGUUAAGCACUAAAAGUAGUGAUUAAGGUUGGGCACUGUCUUGGAAUGGCUGGCUUCUAUUUAGGGUUAGGGUUGUUGCUGUUUAACUUCAAAUCAAGUCUACCCUCAGCAGCAAAUCUUUAGUGACGUAGUGGUCUAGAUGGUGGACUCCGGACUCUAUGCUGCGGGUUCGAUUCUUAUUCACGCUACUCUGAAUAUUCCAUAAAAAUUGAAUUGACUUUCAUGAGCAUUUUGUGUAAACUUCAUAAGGCUUCCAAAGGGGUUAGGCCGAGUGGAUCUAAUGCUAACCUUGUUUGGCCACUCAGUUUAAACUGUUGCGCGAGACUGGGUUGGAGUUUCGUCAAAUUGCAUUAUGGGACUUGAGCAACUUCGAAACUUCGACACAACACGAUCAAAAUCAAAGAGCCAGAACACGGUGAAACAACGUCCUGUGAGAAUUAUUUGGCAGGGAAGAUAUCAGGACACCCCAGCUUUGAAUGAAGGAGAAAGUGGAGGAGCGCGGAUUGUUUACCCCAUUUGAGAACAAUGUCUCAACAAUUUUGUCGUCGAUUGUAGAACGUUUAGUGCGGGCGAGGACCCCAGAAAUCAGUUUACAGUUGUCCAGAUUGUUGACCUUUUAAGUGAUGUAUAUUAUUUGCGAAUAAUGUAUAUAUAAUGUUAAAGCUGAUUUAAUUGUGUCUUAAGGGUGAACUCAAACGAGUGUUAUCUAUAGAAGUUCUGGGAUUUGUUCCAACCUACGCAUGCCUUCUGUUUGUCAUGGUGCGAUUUGCUGUUUUACUAUAUCUUCAAGUGCGUCGAAAAUGGUUUCGGGUAGGCUCCACUAGUGGCUUUAUCGAGGUAAGAGUCCAAGAAGAGAUAAAUGUGAAAAAUAAUAAACAAGGCCAAAAACAACUCACAAUAGGGACUUUAAGGUACACCGUUGCUGCCUAUGGGUAGGGGUAGCAGGACAUAUUUGCCACGCAGUUAUUCAAAAGGCGGCCAUGAUUUCCCAGAUUUGAUAAUGGCAUCACCGUUCUUGCCGGUAGCCUACCCGUUUCUCCGGGGUAAGAGGCCAUCUACCAGUAUUUACAGCUACGCGCACGGGUAAAUUACCUGUACCCGUAAACGGAAACGUUGUAUCUUAAGGUCUCUAAUAUAGGUUGAGUGAAGCUCGCGUGUACUUGGGCUUUGCCAUGCGCUAAUCUCGCGUUCGCCUCGUGCAAGCUUCAGGUGCGCGACAUAUUUAGAUCACGGAGUACUUGUGUUAAGGUGUUUCGAUACAGUCGGAGACCAUACCAAUAUUCUUCAAUCGCCUUGAAAGUGAUUUUAUCCUUUUCCGAUCACUAUAAAAUUUUUGCCAGUGAUUGACUAUGAAUUGUCUUUAUCAAAACGCAGUUUAAUUAAAAUACUUUGAAAUCCAUAAAAGCCUAAUUUUGCGCGAUCUAACCUGCUACUGAAAAUCCGACACCAGGAACUUAAAGUGUGGUGUUUAGCAAAAAACUUCCGCGAGAAGUAAAAAAUUCAGUAUAUUUAAAUUCAAAUAAAACGUAAAUAUAUAUCAAACCUUAUAUUUUCAAUAGCCGUGAUAAAAUGUUUGAUAAACACUUAAAAUUUUAAUACAAGUAUUCCGUGAUCUAAGUAUGCCACGCACCUAAAGCUUGGAGUCCUCUGCACGACUAGACUAUGACAUGGAAUUUUCUUUAACCCACUAGAAAACCUGACCGUGACUUUUUCCUUCCUUCUCUAAGCUCUGGUGCUUUUUUUUCGUUUGCUUUCAAAUGGAAAAUUCCACUUGCAAUAAAUUAAACAUCCUGAGCAGAUUCGAAUGAUCGCGUGGAAGAUAGAAACAGCGGACGAGGUAAAGUUGUCGUUGCCGUCCGCGUCGUCGUUGCUAAAGCUCAGCCCAAAUCUUCUCAUAUCUAAAGACAAAGAAAUAAUUGGGAUUUAUCAGUCUGCCGUCAGACAUACAUAGCGUAAACGCGCUUUAUCUGCUUUUUAACGGCUGAUGAAUUGAGCACUAAUUUCAGUUCUAAUUAAAAAGGGUUGUUGUGACCACUUCCCCACCCAAUAAAAUGUUGAAUCUCAGGGAAUUGAAAAUUAAGGGUGUGCCCAACACCGCGCGUCACUGUAUAGUUUUAUUCAAGUGAGAGUAAUAGUGUUUCUCGAGAGUUAGGCUAAACGUUUCUGGACCACCGUUCCAUUCGUACAAGAUAUUCGGAGUUUUUCUACUAACUUUAUAGCCCGCAAGAGCAGACGCCACUUUUGGCUUUCGUUUUUGUUUUUGUUUGUUUGUUGUGUUACUUUUUCACAUUUAAUUACCAAGAUAUUGAAUAUUGCUUAAAAGAGUCUUAGGCAAAUUUUGGUGUAGACACGCAAAACGCCCCUGUAGAAUUUUCCAAUGAAAGCAAGUUUUUGUCCUCGAACUUUCAACCUGGCCCUUCAGGGUAACUAACAGUUUCGGAUGUGACGAAAAAGCCACCUAGAACUUUGAAGACGACGAAAGUUCCCCUAAGACAUCCGAACAGACAAAAAGUUUUAAGGCCAGCUCCAAAUUAACCAACAGGCUUUCCACGCAUGGAGAAAACCAUUGCUCGGAGUAACCUUCUACAGCAAGAUAUAGAUCGUCUACAGCGCUUACAGAAUAGAUCUACACGGAUUAUCCCACGUUGCUCUCGCUCAUAUGAAGUAAUAGAGCAGUCGCACUGGCCGACUUUUUCCAGCAGACGCUCUUACCACAAGGCUAAACUCGUUUUUCUCUGUCUUCACUCAUUAGUUCCUAGUUAUUUUUUAUUAUAUUUUACCAGAUUUUCGAACAUUCACAAUUAUUUCACAAGGUAAAGUAUGAGGCUAUCCCUACCAAACGUUAAACAGAAUUUGGGGAAAAGGACCUUUUUUUUACUGACGCAAACAUUUUUAACAAACUCCCCUUAAACAAUGUUAAGAGUGAAAACAUUCAGACGCUCUGCCGCCGAGUAAGACAUUUCUUUUUAUCAUAACUUUGAUAUUUUAUUAUAUUUUAGGCUUUAAAUGUGAUUUUGAAUUGUAUUUGUAGGCUUUUUAAUGUAGUUCUUAAAUUCUAUUAUUGUAUUUUUAUUAGGCUUUUUAAAUGUAAUAGUUUAUGAAAAUUCUGUAAAUUAUUUUUUUAAGAUACAGGGCCCCUGUGGAGACCAGCCUUAGAGUUGAAUGGGCUACCCUGUGUAAAUAAUAAAGUUUUACUUUACUUUACUUUACUUUACUUUACUUUACUUUACUUUACUUUACUUUACUUUACUUUACUUUACUUUACUUUACUUUACUUUACUUUACUUUACCUUACCUUACCUUACCUUACCUUACCUUACCUUACCUUACCUUACCUUACCUUACCUUACCUUACCUUACCUUACCUUACCUUACCUUACCUUACCUUACCUUACCUUACCUUACCUUACCUUACCUUACCUUACCUUACCUUACCUUACCUUACCUUACCUUACCUUACCUUACCUUACCUUACCUUACCUUACCUUACCUUACCUUACCUUACCUUACCUUACCUUACCUUACCUUACCUUACCUUACCUUACCUUACCUUACCUUACCUUACCUUACCUUACCUUACCUUACCUUACCUUACCUUACCUUACUUUACUUUACUUUACUUUACUUUACUUUACUUUACUGAGGCACUUCUGACGUAUUUGGGAACAUUCAGUCGUUGGGUUUCCCGGUUGUUAAAGAAAGAGCACCCAAGACGCCAUGACCUAAAAAACAGUGGGAAAUUCUGACGGCCAACUGGUUUAAUAACGUUUGUUUUUGAUCCUGUAGAGAAUUUUCGAAGUCGAUGACACUUCUUUGAUUAAAGAACCAGGAAUACGUUAUGUGCGGCAGCUAUUUAAUCGGAUGCCCCUUCUUAGACCGUGAGUAUGAAAUAAUUGAUUUGAGAAAAUGGGAAGGCACCAUAAAAUGAAAUAAACUAGUAUUUUAUUUGUGUUUGUAUAACAAACAGAACAUUAUAUGGCCGCUUGGAGAUACAGAAAAUUUCUCUUCCCGAGUCGACAAGUAUUGUAACACUCAACGAUUCUCCGCGCAACCUUGUAAUAUCCUCUGUGUAAAAUAACAAUAAUCUCUUGCGCUUUCUUAUUGGUUGAAAGCAAUAGAGCAGUGGAGAAUGUUUCAGAAUUAAAGUGGACACUAGUCUCAAAUGUCAUCCGUCUCUAUCUCUUCUCCCCACCACGUUGGGGGUGGGGCAAAGAGACGGAUGACAUUUCAGAGUAAAAGCGGACGGGAAGAAUGACGGGAAGAGCUUUUCUCCAGCGCAGGCGAACAACACAAUCAACUUAAUGGGCUUUAAAAGUUAAUUAUUUCUUUCACACAGUGCUGUGGAAUACGAAAAGUGGUAUAUGAGGCUGAUUCAUUUUAUCUACAGGUCAAGAGCAGGUUUGUUUUUUAAAUAUCAUUGUAUUUUUUAAUGCUGAAACUGAAAAGGUUGUAGAAAAUCCAUAACAGACACAAUUUCAACCGACACGUGUUUCUAUCUAAUGCCGAGUUGGUGCUGAUAUAGAUUGAUGAUGCUUUUUUUUUCAUCUUUUGAUAUAACCUAUACAGUAGAGUCUUGAUUUCUUGAACUCUAAACUAACCCAGAGGGAGCCUGGACGCCAUAUAAGCCCCAGUCUUCCAGUUCAGGCUUCCCCGUCACCAUCUUUUUGUAUUUAGUAAAAUCCAACUAGUGGUCUAUUAUCAAUGCUGCGUUCUGAUUGGUUGAGCCACUACUAGGCUAUAUGUUAUAGCCCACUAGUAGCGAAAAGCACCGGCUUUGAAAGCAAAAACAAUGGCGGCUAAAUCGUGUUUUGCUAGCUAAAGUUAUUUGUCUCGAUAUUUUUUACCAACUAGUUGGAUUUUACUAAAACAAUUAUUCCUCUCGCCCUCAUGGCCUCUGAGUCAAUAGCCUAUUCGGACUUCGGCCUCAUGGGCUAUUGACUCGGAGCCCAUUCCCUCUCGAGGAGUAAUUGUUAAAUAUAUUUAUUAUAUACAACCUGUAAUGUGACAAAAACAAGACAAAAAAUUUAAAAAAAAUCAAUCAAUCAGUCAAUCGAUCAAGUUAACCCUCGCACAGUUUUUAUAAACUACCGACGUACACUCAAACCAAAACUGACAUCCCUUCACCAGCAAAAGCGCACUUCUACUCCGGGAUUUUUCGAACCGAUUUUUCUUUUUUGUGGGGUUUUCAAAAACUCGGUGCUUCACUCUAGUUAUUUAAAUAAAGCUUUUUGCCUACGAAAAAAAUCCUGUUUUUUCAGACUUCAAAUUUUCUACACAAUUUAUUUCAACUGUGGUAGUUGCUGCGAUCGUGAUCUUUCAGGUAUGCUGAAGCCCUUUAUCAUUUCAAUAUUCAUUAAAUAAUUAUUAAAUAUUUUUAUUCCUGGCCGUGAGCAGAACGAGUUAAUAAUUUUGUCGAAAUUCGCAUCGCGCGUUAAACGUGCUUGGAUCGUACUGCACAGGGAGGCAAAAACAUGAGGCGUCUUUAUACAGCUAAAUCAAAAAAAGGUUGCUUUGGUAAUUAAACACUGGGCAUUUGGACUUAUGGAACAAUGCAAUGAUUUACUUGAGUACCCACCAAACAAUAGCUUUUCAAUGCCCUAUUCCCAAUGCCUAAAGCGACCUUUAUUGAAUCAACUAUAUAUAUUCAUAUACCUUGAUUUCCGGUUGGUAGUCGCGGUGACGUCAUCGAUUGUGCAUGACGUCGAGUUGCAUUAAGGUUUCCAAGCAACACUACUUCCACUGGAUGCCCUAUUAUGUUUUAUUCAUGAAAGGCGGACAUGGUUAUUCAUCCUAAAAAAAUUUGUGUUGGUGAAUCGCAACUCAUUCUCCUCAUGCAAAUGCGGGGAACGGCAAACGGUACAACGCCGACAGCAAGAGACUUCGCGACGGUUUUGCGAGUCACUUAAUACCGCUUUGUCUGCCAUAUAUUCCUCAAAUGCGACGAACUGAGUUUAAAUGCGGCUUUCACCGUCAAAACCGCGCUUAUUUUCCGCGAAUAUAUCUUUGAAUUCUUGAUGAACACGGUUCCAUCAGCUUCAAACAGCGUCUACCGCCAGAAUUUCAUAGGGGAAAACUUUAGAGAUAAUAAUUUAACUGAAGUGUUUGACACUUGGUGAUGUGGCGCAGUCGUCUAGGGGAUAAUAGGGACCUUAAGAUCCAAGGACGGCGACGGAAGAGAAAACGUCGCUGAAAAAGGGAAUUCACGUUCUUUCAAUCUUCAUCGCGAUUACUCCAAGUUGCUAACUUUGUCAAAUGUAGGCGAACCCUCCUAAAGUUGAAUUUCUAAGAACCAUAUCCAAGUUCAGAAAGAGAGAGGAAAUUUUGUCGUCGCUAGUGUACUUCCUCUGUACAUCGUGAAAUUGGGCAUUUUCAUGUCGUAGUCGUGCAGUGACGGCAAAGAAAUGUUCCAAAAAGCGUGAUGCACGUGCAAAAUUGUUGCUUUGCUAAUUAAACCUAUUGCUUUUGUGGCGUUCCCGUUGCUGUCGCCGUCGUCGGAUUUUGAAGUCCCUAAUAGGGAGCUUAAGCAACUACGACGACGACCACAACGACGACUUCAAAAAAACAAUAGGUUUAAUGAUCAAAACAACAGCUCUGCACGAGCUCCACGCUUUUUGGUACAUUUCUUUGACGUCCACUGCACGACUACGACGUGAAGCCUCCUAAUUUGACGUUUUAUAGAGGACGUGGACCUACGACGACGAAUUUUCCUUCCUCUUUUUAAACCUGAAUAAAAUCCUUUAAGAAUUCAACUCACAUAUUGAGCCAACCUCGUCCCCAGGCCUUUUCCCCACCCAUUUUUUGAGGGAAAAGCCCUGGGGACGAGGUUGAUAUUGAGCUGGUCCAAAUAGACGCGAUUAAGUUUGAUAGAACGCAAAUUCUUUUUUCUUACCGACGGUUUCACUGCCGUCGCCGUCGUCCUUGCUUAAGGUCCCUAAUCUUGAAUGUUGUAGGUCCAGGAUUCGACUCCCGGCUAAAAAAAGUCUUAUUUUCUGUUUUUGGUCGUUUCGGUUUUGUUUGUUUGAUUGUUGUUGUUUUUUUUAAUCAUAAUUAUAUGUUUUUACCCAUUGGCUGGUUUCAAUUUAUUCAUAUUGCUGACCCGUCACACCUUCGCGAGGUGUUUCGAUAAACGUAUUCCUAGUAUAUAUAGGGACUUUAAGAUCCAACGACACGACGGCCACAAGAACGUCGCUUAAAAAGUGAAUUUGAGUUUUCAGUCUGUCAAUUGUAGGCGAACCCUCCUGAAGCUGAAUUUCAAGGGAGCAUAUUCAAGCUCAGAAAGAGAAAUAAAAUUUCGUCGUUGCUUGUUUACGUUCUCCAUAAAACGCGAAAUUAGGCAUUUUCACUUCGUAGUCGUGCAAAAACGGGAAAGAAAUGUACAAAAAAGUGUGAUGCACGUGCGAAGUUGUUGUGUUGCUAAUUAAACCUAUUGUUUUUUGACGUUCUCGUUGUCGUCCGCGUCUUUGGAUCUUAAAGUCCCUAUUGUUCGUAAAAGGGAGACCCAGGGACAGGCAUGGUAAAGUAUACAUAUUUUUGUAGUUUUUCUGUAUGUGAAUUUUUAUUUCUUUCAAUCUACGUUUUUUACAGUUGUCCGUUUCUAUUUUUGCUGCCCUUGGCACUUCAAAGAAGUCGAUCAGGACAAUCCAAGAUGAAACUAUACGGACUAUUUACGGCAUUGUGCUAGGUAAGGAAGAUGAAACUUUUGGUAUCUACUAUAUUAUGAAUCAUUUAAGUGAGCUACCAAUGUAGCACCUAGUAUAUCCUUACUCAGAAUUCACACUCUUAUUAUACCAAUAAGCUUUUUUUUUUUAAAUACCUCAAUCCGCCUACUACCCCGCCCUCUGUCUGAAAAGCUGUUUCUCGAGUCAAAAUGUCAAAGGUCAAAACGACAUAAGCUGCGGUGUAGGAAGGUUUCAUAUGUUCGACAUGUUUGUUAAACUCUGCGCGCGCUAAGCCAAAUAAUUGGCGUAAGUGUUGAAGUAAACUGUCACAAUUGCUCAAUCAAAGGGUAUACCAGGAGCUGGAGAGAAUCUCUCUUGUAUACCGGAAUGAGGUAUUGAACACAAUGCUUACAGGCUCCACUUCUCCGCCUCUGCCAUUCCCCCACGCGGUUUUUGCGCACGUUUUCUCGAUCCGCUUCCCCCACCAUCUUGGAUGACUUGCCUAGCUGGGUCAACCUUUUGGGAUGGUAGGGACGCGCGCCCUCUUUUUUGUUUGAGUCUAACGGCGGAGGAAUCGCUGCGGUUUUAGUUGCUGUUCGCUAGAGUCCAUAAUGGCUAGAUGUUUGCAAUGCAAGGGUUUUCUGUUCAACAUUUUGGUUUUGUUUCCAGACAGCCUUCAGGGAGGUUUUGCUGUGUCAGCGUUGGUGACUGCUCUGUUGCUGCUGCAUUUCAUGAAGUGCCACCGGUAAAAAAGAGGAUGGUGACAUGUAUAUAUUUUACCUAUUGUAGGGGAGAGGGGGGGACUUUGUUGCCUUUGUAAGUCGCGAUUUCCUAACGACUUGGGGGAAGUUAACUUAGACGUUCAGUUUGAAAAAUAAUCUCGUCUUCUGUUUCCAAAGAGCAAGAAAUUGUAUGUGACAUUGGCUAUUAGUAGUUACCAAAUCAGUAGUUUUAGCACGUUUUGGUUAGCUCAUGUAAUUAGGAAUAUCCUUGGCUAUUCACUGUUUUGUAAUGGGAAUCAAUGUGGCGUCCCCUUUCGCGAUAGUUUCAAAAGGAGAUAUUUUAAACAAUAGGUGAAGCAAAUGUGCCAGGCCUAGGGAAGCGGGGAAAUCUGUUUUUUCGUUGUUAACUGGUAUGUAAGAAAAAUGUUUCCUCACUGAAUUUGUAUCAGUCGUGAUAAUCAACUCGAAACAUCCCUGAAACACGGUCAAUUAAAACUACCUAUUACUAAAUGAAAUAGACAGUAGCUUUAAAUCUAUCCAUGUCUUAUUUGUUGCAGGGAGCAUGUCCUACAGCUGUAUGGAGGCCGAAGAAAGAUUAUGCAAGAAGUGGUUGCUUCCCCUUCUAAACUGGUGGUAGGUUUUGGCAAAUAACCAAAAUAAAUAUGCCUCGUUAAACCCGUACUGCCAGUGAUCACAAAAACACGUCGGAGUCUAAAUCCAAAUCUAAAUUGUAACUGUAUAAUCUCUCAGAUGGGAUGUAAGAUACAGGGGUGGUUGGCGGCAUUAAACAAUGAGAGAUCUCAGUGAUUUCUAACUGAGUUAGUCCAUUGUGCGAGGGAAGAAGGAAGAUAGAUAACAGUUUUAUUAGAUUGCAGAUUAGAUUGGCGGCCAAUGAGCAAAGGGUUGCAGUGGAGACAUCAACUAGAUCGUGUACGAUUUUGUACAUAAGAGUCAGGCGGGCCAUUGCUCUUCGUUCUUCAAGUGACUGCCAUCCGGUUGUACUAAUCAUGUUUGUUACGCUUGACUCCCUAUUGUAGUCUUGUAACCAAGCGUGCUGCGCGCCGUUGCACUUUCUCCAGAGACAAAAUGUCGCCUCUCUUAUAAGGGUCCCAUAUUACACUACAAUAUUCAAGCUGCGGUCUCACUAGGGUCUUAUUAGCAAUAUCCUUGAUGUGGGGUGAACAGGGUUUCAGGUUACGGCGAAGCAAGCCAAGAGUCCUGUUGGCUCUGGUGGUAAUUGAGUUGAUGUUAUGACUCUAGUCCUAGUCAGUGGACAGAGCAACCCCUAUAUAUUUCUGUAUGGUAGACGUCUCUAGUGGCGCGUCUUGUAAAUGGCAUAUAGUUGCCUCUUAUGUGACAUGUGAAGGACAUAGCACCUGGAUUUAUUAAAUUCCAUCUGCCAUUUGCUCUCCCACUGACAUAGGAGUGUUAGAUCUUUCUGUAGCUCGAGGAAGUCAUCUGGAGAAAUGAUGAUUUUAUAAACAAGACAGUCGUCUGCAAAGAGUCUCAUAUGAGAGUCUGUGUUAUUAUGGAUGUCUUUGAUGAAAAUAAGAAACAACGGGCCUAAAACGGUGCCUUGUGGCCGGUACACAAGAUGUUAAUGAGGACCCCUCAGAUCUAACGCUUUCCAGGAAUACUCGCUGAGAGCGCUCGGUUAAGAAACAUCCUGUUCAACCAAGGAUAGAACCUUCUAAACCAUGUUGUGGUAAUUUAAUAACAGCCUCUGAUGAGGGACCUUGUCAAGUGCUUUACAUAAAUCCAUCAUAACUUCAUCAGUCUGCUUUCUUUGGUCAAGGUCACUAGCGAGUUCAUCGAUAAAAGGAGAAGUUGGAUGUGGCAGCCACGUCGUUUACGAAAGCUAUGCUGAAUGUCAGAAAAGAUAUACCGGUUAUUCACUGGCGGGGAGGUCCGUAUUGGGAGAAACUGUGCCCGAGGUCUUGCGUACCGCCCUCGGCCGUAGUACUCAGACCGAGCGCACAGUUUCACCCAAUACGGACCGACCUAGGCCGGUGAAUAACAUUUUUAUUUUUCCUACUGAGAUUUAAAAGUUUCAGGAAAAUUUUCCUUCACUCUUUAACCAGACUGCUCUUCAACCGAUGUGUGUUGAAGUAGGACGCGCUCGUGUUGAUGCGUGAUCGAUUGCAAACCAAAGCAAAACAUUACAACAUUUUUGGCUCGGUAAUUUAUACUAUGGCACUUACUUCUCUCUUUUAGAAUAAAGAAAGGUUUUUUUGUCUUGCUAGACAAUUCAUAAUCUGAGUGUCAAACAAGGAUAAAAGAAUUGACGAGCUUGAUAUUAAAAGUCCCAGGAAAUAAAUACAGCAAGGAUUUUCUUCGGCUAAAUAAUUCAAAAAUUGCUUUAAGAUUUGUUCAAUCGAGAGGGAUGAAAACUGCAGAAAGGCUUUGUAAAAAGAGCUAAUUACACAUCGCAAUUUUUAGGGCUUGAAUUGAAUUUAAAUAAAAGAAGGCGAUUUGAGCAACGAGUUAUAAAGAAGGAAAUGAAAACGGCGAUAACCGACUCAGUGCUGGAAAAGUAAUUCGUAUUGUUUAUUAAAGAUUGAAAGCUAAAUGCAAUUAUUGACAACAACCUUUUCUGAUAAGUAGAAAACUAGCGAGACAAAAUUCAGUAAAAAACGGCAGACAAAACCUCGUGAUGUCGCUUUAAUAAGCUUUAUAACCGCGCUGUAAGUACUGCAAUCUUGCUUUUAUGCACCGUUUAUUGGACAUUUUUGCUCUGUUUGUAGUUUUGUUUCCAUUUUUGCUGUUUGUACACGAGAUGAGAUGAAUCAGGGUCCUGAAAUAAGGUCUCUUGUCUUAAACAGGGAAGCUAAAUAAACGAUUUUACAGGGUCAGAAAUUGAAGGCCUUCGCGGCACACCUCUACCCAAGCAUCCAUUGAGUGCUCCCCGGAGUGGACCCCUGCUUAAUAUACUUCUUUGCAUGCUUGUCUUUCAGGGGAAAAGCCUUCGAUUCUCCGGAUACCAGAUUGCUUAUACACUCAUUGGUAUGAGUCUUUGCUAGUACUUAGGAGCCGGUUAACGUUUGAUCAAAGUUGUAGAAAAUUGUAAUUGAAAUAAAAUUGUAGCCACAAAAUUAGCAUCUUAUUAGGAUCGAUCCUGAAAGAUAUAAUACCAGGCUCAACAUAAUGAGUGAGCUCAGCAUGCUUCAGUGUAGAGACUAGAUUUAUUUUUACGAUCUUUUAGCAGUAAUAAAAGAUAUGCUGUUAUUUCAGUCGUUUAUAUUUAACGAAAGAAUGGUGUCCACGGACUGACUUAUAUUAUUUAACCUUCUAACCUAUUUUAACUUGUCACUGUAUAGGCUUCCUCACCUUUGGAACAUUCUUAAUGUUGUUGUUUAGUAUACUUGGAUUUUUCUUCAAAUAUGCAAAGCAGAUCUCCCCAGAACUGUGGGCUGAAAUAAAAGAUCUUGGACUGGCAGUGCUGUAAGUAUUAUCAUUACUGUAUUGACUUGGAAUUGAAAUAGUUUUUUUUUCGGUGGCUAAUAAUCACGUCGCAAUCACAACGGUAUACAUGUACUUUUGUGGCGUCAUGUACAGAGGCAAAAUAUGGUUAGAGGUAUGAUAACGAUCAUGAUGAAUGAAUGAACCAAUUAACUUGUUUAUAUAAUUGUCUGGUUAUUUAGCUGUCAAGCCAAGUGGAGGCACUAAAAAGCUUUCAAAUAGUACUUUAAAUAAUGUUAUAAUAAUAACGCUCAGAUGUAACGCGCUCUGAUUGGUUGAAAAAGUGUGCUUUACAAGAGUAUAAAAGCCGGAGCUAAAGCUGUCACGCCAUCUGCCAAUAGUUUGUCUUGAACAUUAGAAGGUAAUGCGUGGGGAUUUAAGGGAAUUUUUUUUCAUAACACAAAUAAAGAAGCGUUACCUGUGUUCUGUUUUGCUGUAAAGCACUUAGGAAGCGGCUAUAGCACGAAAAAAGUGUAGGAGGAAACACUCGACUGCCUCCUGUGUUUCCCUCUCCCGGCUACACUUCUUGAUUUCGCUAGUCGCUAGUUGAGUGCUUAACAACAAUUCAGAGUACAGUCAAGGCUUCUUUUUAUGUUACCUUAGGGCCUGUUUACAUGGAGGUGGGGGACCUCAGGUGGGUGAGGUAACACGCUUUGGUGGGGUAACCCGCCUGUGCCCACUUAUUCAACUACCGGCUCCUUUAGGAGCCAGCCUAUACACAAAUGUUAGUCGCCAUGGGGUGACCCGCCACAUGUUACCUCACCUAUCUAGGGCCCCCCACCUCCAUGGAAACAGACUUAGAAAUGUAAAAAUUGACGAUUAUUAUAGAUCUGAAGAUGCUAAAAUGGGUACAGGUUAAAAAUAUAAAUUCGUAUCGUACCUACAAAACAAUCAAUAUAAAAAUAUCAAAAAAGUCAUUUAAAAGAUGGAUAGAAAAGGAAAGCCGAAAAGGUAUACUUUAGGAGUGAUUAUAUGCUCUAAAUAUAACAAUUUGCACACCUGUCCUCGAUUAAAUGAGCUAAGUGCCUCUUUCAAAUAAUGUUUUUGAAUAACCGUCUAAUGCUUGUAGCCGCUGAUUGCUGAGAUCACUACCAUGAUUGGUUACCAUCGGUUUUUUUUGUUAACGAGUAGCCUGCGAAGCUGGCGGUUUUUGGUGUGUUUUUCAUUUUUGGGAACGAUGGGAGAGGGGGGGAGAGAAAAAGACACCUUGCCUUUUUUCUCUUUCUUCUUCCACCAUCGUAUUAGGGAGCUUUAGCAACGACGAUGGCGACGGCAACGAGAACGCCAAAAAAGCAAUAGGUUUAUUGAGCAAAACAACAAGUUUGCACGUGCAUCACCCUUUUUUGGACAUUUCUUUGCCGUUACUGCACGACUACGAGUGAAAAUGCCUAAUUUCACGUUUUAUGGAGGACGUAAACAAACGACGACGAAAUUUUCUUUCUGUUUCUAAACUUGAGUGCGCUCCCUUAGAAACCAACUCCAGGGAAAUUUGCCUGUAUUAGAUAUUUUCAGCGAAUUCUCGAAAUUGGAAUAAACACGACAAAGUUUGAAAAAACGCUAAUUCACUAUAAAAGUGACGUUUUCGCUUCCGUCGCCGUUGUCGAUGCUAAAAGUCCCUUUUUUCGUGAAACACAAGCGAAACAAACACAGACACACCAAAAUACCGCCAGCUGCGCAGGCUACUUAACCCUUUAAACCCUAUUAUCAAAAUUCAAAUUCUCAUCUGUUGUCCCUAUAUGUUUUCAAUAGAAGUAGUGGGCAGAAUUUGUUGAAGUAUCAAUUAGAUUCAUCUUGUGUGAUCAGGUCCUCAAUCCUCAUGACCACUGUGUUUCGGUUUAAAAGUGACACAGCAGUCUUGACUUUUACUUUUCGCUUUCUCUCCCUUCUUUUUUCGCUUUUCUUGCCUCAUUUUUUUCCUCUUGCUGGGCAUUUAGUAGGCUUUAUUUUGGUGGGAAGAGUUUUUAGGAAAGCUUUUAGGAUCUUAGGAUUAGGUGAAAGGAAAGGCAGGUGGGUAAUGGAACAAGAUUUUCAUGGAGAUUUUCAGGUCAAUGUCACGUGGUUUUUUGCUUCUUUCUCCGGUGUCCUUGACUGAAUUGCGCUCAUUCUGGUAUGGUUUGAAAGAUCUCUUCCCUCUGUACAAGUUAGCGAAGAAAGUUGUCCUUGACCGUUAAAACUGAUGACGUCACAAAGGGUAGAAAGGGCCUGGAUCCGCACGGGCGGCUACGGGCGGUUCAGGGGCGAAUGGGUUAAAGGGUUAAAGGAAAGCCACCUAGAAUGUUUACCAAUAAGUGCUGCGCCCAGUGUUCUCUGAUUAGUCAGUUCGGGACUUUGAAUUGUACUGACAUAUUUUUCUUGAAGGUAAGGAAAACGUUGUUUCCACCCAUUCAGAGCCAAACGAUAAAAUCUUUGGAAUGGGAGGGAGGAAGAGAAAUAGAGUCAGCAAUUUUUGAAACUGAGGCCGGGGGAAGGCGUGUUUUAGCAUGGGCUCUAAAAUAGACCUUUUUUGCGAAAUAGACAUUAUUUUCAUUACUUACACAUUUUGUAUGUUCAUGUUGUUUGUUUGUCUAUUUGCAUCUUUCAGACCCUCAAUCAGUAUGGCUGGGGUCUUGUUGCUCUUUCAAAUGUUUCUUGCAACUUGUAUUUUCCGUGAUGGGGAAUUUCCGAAUAUAACCAUCAAUGUGGAUAACAGGUAAUAAUAAUAAUAAUAAUAAUAAUAAUAAUAAUAAUAAUAAUAAUAAUAAUAAUAAUGAUAAUGAUAAUAAUAACAAUGAUGAUAAUAGUGAAAUUCUUCUAGAACGCAGCUACAUAAUCUCAGCGCGCUCUGCAAAUGUAAGAAAUAAAAAAUAAUAGAUAUCCAACCAAAUUAAAAUUGAUUAAAUAAAGAUGUUUUGAGCUUUCUUUAAAAGAGAAGCAAAGUUUGCGCGCUUUUAAUGUCUACUGGCAAGAGUAGGUGCAGCUACAAAGAAAGAGCGAGCACCUUAUGCCUGUGUCUGAUGAUUAGGUUCUACCAAUGACAGACCCCUGGAUGCAGAACGAAGAUUUCCGUUGGGGUGAUGGACCUGCAGUAGAUCACAAAUGUAGGACGGGGCCAUUCUAUUCAGUGCUUUGCAGGUUAUGGUUAGAAUCUUAAAUACUACGAAGUACUGUUUGGUAUAAAAAGGUCUUCUUUUCAGUUCUUCCUUAAACCUCAGUGUUUGAUAUGCGUUUCACUCUAUGGAUUUGAUAAACUCUAUUGUUCUCGAACCGACAUUUAACAACCACAGUACUGGAUUAUUGUACGAUGUGAAGAAUGAUGAAACCCCCGAGACAGCCCCCGGAAAUCUGCAUAAUUCUUCACAUCAUUCGAAUUAAGCCGAAUUCACUGGUUGGUUUAUUAUUCAUUUAAAUACUAGUUAGAAAGUAGAUGACACCCAUCGAGCAAUCGAGUAUGUAUUUUUGUUAGCGUAUCGUUCAGUUUUAGUCAGAAAAUUUCACGUCUUGAGAAAGCCGAUGUAUUCUAUUUUGUUUAGUUUACUCAGUCGUAAACAGCUAGGCUGCUGCCCUCUACACGGCCAGACCGGAUAUUGCCAGGAAACGAGGCUGCUGAGAUAAUAUACCAUCGAUCUCAGCCUCAAUCAAUAAUUGCUAAAUAUUUUAGUCUAGGUCGAGGCUAACCCUGUAUAAAUAAGUCUUAAGUGCUUUUAUUCAGCGGCCACGACGAAUUCGAAACUGGAUUAUUCGCUAUGCAACUAACACAAAGGCUAAACUAUAAAUCUUGAAUUAUUUUACCCGUAAUCAAUACUUAAGGUGCUUUCCAUUUGUCAGAACAGACCGGCCAGACCAUUCCCGUCGUAAUGAGAAUGUCACUUGUAAUGAAAACUAUCCAGCCAGAUUAGUCAAAUCCUAAAUAGUAUGCACGAAGGAGGUGGUUUUUCAGCAAAAACCCUUUGGAAAAAGACGAUUUCAUUUGCUCACUGACUGGUCCGGUAAUGGUCCGGUCGUCCAGUUCGACAAAUGGAAAGCGCCAGUAGAAUGAGCCACAUUCUCGACUCCAGAGCCUUAAGUUUGGUUUUGUUUUGGACGCGCAGGACUCUACCCUGGUUUUGCUCAAAAGAGGAAGCGCUCUGGAGUCUAUGAUGAUCCAAUGAGUGCUUCCAUAUUCGAUAUUUCAAGCAAGUAAUUGAUAAAUUUUUACACCUGGAUAUUUUCGCUUUUUUUUUCAGGCGACUAUUCUCCAUCAUGUCGUACUUCUUUUUCUUCUACAACAUUCUUCUUGGAAUUUUUUCCUGCACCCUUCGCAUUGUGUUUGGGUCGGUUUUGGGAGUUCUGUUUCUUUCUCGCAUUGACAGGACGACCUUGAUGCCAGGCUAUCAGGCUUUCGACCGUGGUAAGUAGAAAACGCUUAAACCUUUCCCUCACGGCACAAUAGGGCAUAAUACAUUGGCUUAGUAGUGAGCAUCACCCCAUUUUUUCUCGAAAACCUGGAUUGGCAACGGCUAGGCGUAGCAAGCACAAACAUUGUUUCCAUGUUUUAAAAGUAGGGUAAAACAGUGGCAAGAUUGCAUAUUUCAUUAAAGCUGGUUUUCACUAGCGACAGAGUCGGAGUCGUAACCGUAGUCGUCGAGAGCGUUUAUGAUCUAGUCUAAGGAAAGUCGUCAACGCGACAGAAUCGGAGUCGGAAGAAUCAGUACGUUUCCAUUUUCUUCUUACUCCGCUUAUGACUCUGUCCUUUACCAUGAAGUUUCCCUAGUCGGAAGCAGAAGCGGAAGAACAAGCCAGUCACAAUGCUUAUUCCCACGCUUUGUGAUUGGUUCAUUUAUCCGCUUCUGCUUGCGACUUCGACAACCUAGUGUUUACUUGAUCGUAAGUGACAGAGUCCUAAGCGGAAUCAGAACGCUGUUUUCGUUAGAUCGUAAAGUUCUACUCUUCUGAUUACGACUCCGACUCCGUCGCUAGUGAAAACCAGCCUUUACCAUGCUUGGUACUCGAACUAUGACUUAAGCACAGAUCGGGUUGCAAAACUUUGCAAAAAUUGGACAAUAAUGCAGUCGACUCUCCAUGUGCAACCACUUCUCCUAAGCGACCACAGAUCAAAAACGCCUGAUUUUUCCUAGUCAAAUGAAUUCAGUUAGAGCCUCUCCCUGACGACGGACUCUUGUAAGUGACCUCGACCACUUUGUUGAAUGACGAUCUUAGAAUUUUCCAUUGUUUUUAUCUUCCUGUAAGCAACGACUUAAUGCGUGGUUUGAUCUCUAUGUUCGUUGUAUGUACCACACUAGAAAGAGAAUGCGAUGUCCUUUCAGUGACAACAGGAAACUGCACAUAUUGUAAAUUAGAAAUUGAGUGAAGUGAGUUCUUUUCCAAAAUGUAGAUGUGUUCGGAUCGACGUCUUCUUGAAAGAGACCCCUUGUUUGUCAAUUCCUCGUGAGUGAACACCUCCAGCAAACGACCACUAAAUCUCGCAUUUUAGGUGGUCGCUUACAUGUACAUACGGGAGAAGCGAGUGUAUUAUGUAACUAUUUUCUUUCUCGUUCAGGUUUUAUUGCGUAUCUCGGCUUCAUUAACGUACUUGUGGCCCACAGCCAUCCCGUCAUGCUUAUGUUCUGUCAACUGCUGAUAAACAGAAACAAAGACCGCGGGUCGGAGCAAUUCCCCCAAAAAACCAAACAUUGUACACUACCUGAUUCAUCCAUGGUGACUGGAAGUGCUCCCGGUAUGUAAAUUACAUAUUAAAGAGAGAGCCCUUGCCCGCAAAAUCUUUGAUAAUUAAGUGUCUGCACGAUGCCUCUGUUCGCUUGGAUUUUUAGUAUUAUUAUACUUUCCUCUUCCUUUUCAACUAUCAUAUAUCAUUAUCAUUCGAAGCAAACUUUUCUCUCUUUUCGUUGGCCGAGAGCCCACCCAGUGACCUGCAAAUAACUGCCUACAAAUAAUGGUCUGCUCAUGCGCAGUGCCGUCCAACUGUGUUUGGCUGCAAAUAAUAUUCUGCUCAUACGUAAAGGAAACCGUGCCUUUCUCCUUCUUGCGAUUGCUUUUGCGUGAAAAUGGCAGAUCGCUUCGCUUCCCAAGGAUAUUCAUUAAAAAACAAACUCGGUGAUCGAAUGAUAAAACAAUUAUUGAACUCGGAGAUCGCAGAUCAAUUAUUUGCCUCAGCUUUCGGACACAGAACAAAUCACGAUAUUUUGCUCAACCUCGUCCAAUAAUUGUUAGUUAUCUGUACUCUAAUCUUUCACGAUAGUUGGACAAUGGUCGAAUUUUUAAUCUGUCAGUGCCUUUUAUUUGACUCUUAAGGUGGCUCGAUACAGUUUUUCAGGGUCAAUACCUCCCAAGUUUGAGCAUAAACUACGUCACCAAAAGCAAAGUUUUGGAAAAAUUGCCACCACAGUUGUUUUAGAUGAAGAUGAAAAUUUGUUUUGAUCAGGGUUGCAACGGCAUCGGAGUUGUCAUAGCAACGAAAUGACGCUAUUACCUAUUUUACUUGCAGCAGUAUAUCUCGGCACUGGGAACUGUUCUUCGAAAAUCAUUCACAGGACCUUUUUUUCCCAAUAGCAGCCUCGACGUUCGUGAAGUUUAAGCGAAAUCUGUAAGAGCGUUAUCGAGAUAUUUUGGGAUAAAGAUUUUGUCGUUAAAAAUACUGUAAAAAAUGGACAAUCUUGGUGUUCGGUUGUUAUCUGUAGAAAACGAACCGCUUUUGACAUGCAAUUUCACCUCAUAGUAGUUUCAAUCUUUUUAAAAACGUGUGUGAAAGAUCAAGGAGAUAGCUCCAGCCUUUUGGUAGAAAGAAGGAUUUCAUUACUAUGUAUCGAGGCGCCCUUGUUAGCGGUUUUUUGAACAUUUUGGUCUACUUUAACAAAUUAGCGAAUAAUUUCUAAACCGCUCGAUAGAUUUUUAAAAAAAUUUAAGAUUCUUGAGAUUAACCUUCCUUUUAUAUGACCUUUUAGUUUCAAGAUUAUUGAUAUAUUGUAAGGCGGUAAAAUAAGGGCUACAAUUCGUUACUUUUUUGUCGGAAGUUUCGUCAUUACAAGUGAAAACCUCUAAUUAUUCGAGGCAUUGUCUCCAAGUUUCAUUUUCACGUGAACAGCAGUAACUAACAAUGCAUUUGAAAUAUGCAAAAAUGCUAGCUAUUGUUGCGCACGAAAAUAUGAAACUUGGACACAAUACCCUGAAUAAUGAGAGGCUCACAGUUGUAAACACAAGCUUUCUGCCAAAAUAUUAGCGAAUUGUAGCCCUUAUUUCACUGCCUUACAAUGUAUCAAUAAUCUUGAAACUAAAAGGUCAUAUAAAAGGAAGGUUAAUCUCAAGAAUCUUAAUUUUUUUUAAAAAUCUAUCGAGCGGUUUAAAAAUUAUUCGCUAAUUUGUUAAAGUAGACCAAAAUGUUCAAAAAACCGCUAACAAGAGCGCCUCGAUACAUACUAAUCAAAUCCUUCUUUCUAGCAAUCGGCUGGCGCUAUCUUCUUGAUCUUUCACACACGUUUUUAAAAAGAUUGAAACUACUAUGAGGUGAAAUUGCAUGUCAAAAGCGCUUCGUUUUCUACAGAUAACAGCCGAACACCAAGAUUGUCCAUUUUUUACCGUUUUUCUAACCACAAAAUCUUUAUCCCAAAAUAUUUCGAUAACGCUCUUACAGAUUUCGCUUAAACUUCACGAACGUCGAGGCUGCUAUUGGGAAAAAAAGGUCCCGUGAAUGAUUUUCGAAGAACAGUUCCCAGUGCCGAGAUAUACUGCUGCAAGUAAAAUAGGUAAUAGCGUCAUUUCGUUGCUAUGACAACUCCGGUGCUGUUGCGACCCUGAUCAAAACAAAUUUUCAUCUUUAUCUGAAACAACUGUGGUGGCAAUUUUUCCAAAACUUUGCUUUUGGUGACGUAGUUUAUGCUCAAACUUGGGAGGUAUUGACCCUGAAAAACUGUAUCGAGCCACCUUAACAGCUAGUCUUAACUAGAUUAAAGAAUGAGAAAAUCGCGACUUUUUGAAACGCGAUAGUCAUACUUUCCUCCUAACAUCGCGAAAUACGGUUUCAGAGUUGACGCAAGCUCAUAAGCGACUUUAAGAUCCAUCGACGCGACCGCAACGAGAACGUCAAAUAAAAAAGAGGUUUAAUAAGCAAAACAACAACUUUGCACGUGCAUCGCACUUUUUUGUACAUUUCUUUGCCCUUUUUGCACGACUACGACGUGAAAAUGCCUACUUUCGCAUUUUGUGGAGAACGUAAUUAAACAAGCAACGGCGAAUUUUUUUUGUCUUUCUGAACUUGGAUAUGGUCCCUUGGAACUCAAUUUCAGGAGGGUUCGCCUACAUUUGGCAACGGAUAAGUGGGUAGGAAUAAUCGCGAUAAAGAGUGAAAGUACUCAAAUUCAGUUUUUAAGCGACGUUCUCGUUGCCGUCGCCGUUGUCAGAUCUUAAAGUCCCUAUUAGUGUUGGAUCCAGAGGAAGGGCCCAGGGAGCUCGGGUAACCCCUUAUUCUUAAACUAAAACCAAGACCCCUAGGGUCUAUUUGAGAUUAUUAAUCUUUGACAGUGCCUUACAUCUUGCCCCUUAUCUUAGUCUUCGUACGUCCGACUACGUCGUCAUAUUACGUGAACAACCUGAGCUUGAUCAUAUGCAAUAUUCUUUAAAAGAGAGGGUGGAGUCCGCGCCUUCAAGUCUCAGGAGAGUAGGCUUGCCGUCGGAAAACGAAAUCUCUGCGAACAAUAAUUUUCUCUUGUUCUAGGUGCAAUGGGUGUAAUAACUCGUGUGCCCCGUCUGCCGCGCCUGUCCCAGAAGGUAGUGAACCGCUGGCUUGUUGCAAUGACGCUGCUACGUAACCCUUCCCUCAUCAAAUAUCGCCAGCAGGGUGGAAUUGCAAGUACGGUGGCCGUCAGCUUGACUAGUAUUCGCGCCGACGUAAGCGCUCUUGUUUAAGUGACUCGCUCUCGAAGGAAAGCUGUUCCAGGUGAACUUUUUCAAACUGGGAAUAUUGCUCAUUCAUUGUUAUCAUGGAUUGCAGUUGGUGGCUUGGAAUCUGUUUAAGACAUGGCGAUCAGUUGCCAUUGGUGCGGGGAUUGUGAACAAAGAGUAGAGUGUGGGAUAUUUAUAUGAAUAUGGUAAAUUCCAUCAGGAUUCUAAAAAUUAUAAAUAACCUACUAUCCUCACAACUAACUACAGUAGGACAAUUGCACGAUGACGUCAUUUUACUACAACUACCAGAAUCCUUGAGUUUGUUGUUUUCUUGUGUAAAUUAAGGCUAUUGUUCUUUAAUCCUCAGUGGGAUUGACAAAUUUAAAUAACAAGGCAAAAGCGAAAUGAAUUCUGGUAUUUGUAGUCAAAUAUCGUCAUCAUGCAAUUGUCCUAUUAAGCUAACUAAAGCCGGUUUUUUCAUGAAAAUGCCGUAUAUACUUAUAUUAGAAAUUAAAGAUGAACUAAUCGUUUGAUGUGACUUAGAGAUUUAGUCUCUGUCAUAUCACAGAGCAGCAGGCUCAUGUUCAAGAGAACUGCUCCCCUAUAACUAAAGCUAUUCUUCAUGAAGUUAGUUCGCUGGUACGCGACGAUUAGUUUGUUAACAGAAUCCCUCAGGGAGUAGCGCGCUUCAUUUCGUUUAACAACUGUAGGGACAAACCAUUAGAAAACUUAUGUGGCGUGAAGGCGGGCGAAGUACAAAAAAACAAAUAUUCGCACAAGGGGAAAUUGAACAAAAACAAAUUCACAUGCACCCCAAGUAAUCCUAAAAAAAUAUUCAUGCCCUGACCUAAAAAAUUCAUACAAGGAAAAUGUUAACAAAAAAUAAUCUAUGUAUCUCAAAAAAUCCCCCUUCCCUCCCCCCACCCCCGCCAUAACUUUGUAUAAGUUGUCCGUCAUUUAGAGGAAAGAUAUUUAGGAACAAGAUAAUUAGGUGCUAAUGAGGUGCUUUUGGGAACUCCCUAGCCAUCAACAGCUCUCUUCCUCAUCUGGCGAACUUGUUAACGGGUGAGCGUGUUUGUCUUUUGCGGAAUUCAAUUCAACCUCUUUUUAGAAGUUACAUACUUUCCGAAGUUGAUGUAAUCCUUGGAAUCAGUAAGCCACCUUAAAGAUUCGCUUCUUUAUAAUCACCUCAAUCUUCUCUCGUAACAGUACAUUUAUAGCUGUGAACUUAAGAAUACUACACCGACAAAAGUUGUGUUUUAAGCAAAGGUGAAAGCAUUUUUUUAAAAAUGGAGCGUCGGAUAGCGAAAGAGAGAACUCUCCUUUCAUUUCAAGAAAUGGGAUAAGCUCCUAACACAGGGACAUCAUCUCAAACACCUUUAACUGCUAUAAACAUUAUCAUAUAUCAUCAUCAUUUGAAAUAAUUAUAUUUAUUAGUAUUUCGUUUGCGGAACUAUAACCUUCUACCUUUAAAAAAAACGACAAGAACGCUGUUAAGAAAGCUUUAAGUCUCGCUUGCUUGGAGGUUAGAUAAGAAAUGAGGAGGCGAUUAAUUCUACACAAAACAGGAUUUCCUCGCUAAACGUUUUUAAAAUUAAUAAAAAUGAUACCACGCAUUGCCUUUCUUUUUAUACUGUAAACUAAUCGAGCAAACCGUCAUUCGAUCAACUUAUAAGCCUAGUAUAUCAUCC